CUACUCAGCCCCAAGCCGUGGCCAGCCUGGUAAGCCUCCUCCCCUCUCGCUUCGGGCGGCUUGAGCCCGCGCCUGCUCCAGUUGCUGCAGCUGCCACUGUUGGCGGCUGCGGGGAGCGCGGGGCGCGCGCCGAAGAGGCUCCGGCUGCGAGAACGGGGACGAGGAAGAGCCCGAGGAGGCGAGGAGGAAGAAGCGAGCAGAGGCCGAGGAGGCUCGGGGUCGCGAAGACCCGGUCCGAAGGGGUCCGGCAGGGCAUCCGCUAGCUGGCCGCGGAGGCAGGGCAGACAGCCGCAGCCAAUUUACCGCGGCCCCGCGAGCUCAGGAGGCGGCGAUCCAGGAGCGGAGCGCAGUCUGGGGGAGGAAGGGUGGCGCGGGCACGCCCGGGCGGGAGGGCGCGGAUUCUCCGAUCUUAACGAGCUGUCUUCUCAUCACCCGAGAGAGCUGCGCGGGGACGGGCGGGGGACCCCGGGCCGGGGCGCAGCGCACACGCGUGGCGCACGCCAAGUGGACCGGGCGGCGCCGAAGGCACUCGGGAUCGCGCUUUCGGAGCUUCGGGCCGCCCAGACCCCGGGCGCGGACGGCCCGCGGCGCCCCCUGGGCUCUCGGUGCCCCGCGCAGCCCCGGGGGCGAUCGGAGCCCGGGUCGGGGAGUGGGAGCCACCCGCGCUCAUCCCCUUCCCCCCCCGGGCGGGCGGGCAGCCCGGGGGAGGGCGGGCGGCGGCGCUUGGCUGUAUAUAUCUCCGCACACCCCGCCAGGUCGCGCACAGCGCCCCGAGCCCAGGCGCCUCCCCGCCCCCCUCCCGGCGCUCCGCGGCGGCGGCGGCAGCAGUAGCAGCAACAUGGCUGUUGAUGGGUGUUCGGGGUGGCGCUGGCGGCGGGAGGAGCUCCCUCGAGCCCCUGCGCCGGCCGUCCGUUGCUAGCUAUGGCAAACGGUGGCGGCGGCGGCGGCGGCGGCAGCAGCGGCAGCAGCGGCGGCGGCGGCGGCGGCGGCGGAGGCAGCGGUCUUAGAAUGAGCAGCAAUAUCCACGCGAACCAUCUCAGCCUAGACGCGUCCUCUUCUUCCUCCUCCUCUUCUUCCUCCUCCUCUUCCUCCUCGUCCUCGGUCCACGAGCCCAAGAUGGAUGCGCUCAUCAUCCCGGUGACCAUGGAGGUGCCGUGCGACAGCCGGGGCCAACGCAUGUGGUGGGCUUUCUUGGCCUCCUCCAUGGUGACUUUCUUCGGGGGCCUCUUCAUCAUCUUGCUCUGGCGGACUCUCAAGUACCUGUGGACCGUUUGCUGCCACUGCGGGGGCAAGACGAAGGAGGCCCAGAAGAUAAACAAUGGCUCCAGCCAGGCAGAUGGUACUCUCAAGCCAGUGGAUGAAAAAGAGGAGGUGGUGGCAGCCGAGGUCGGCUGGAUGACAUCUGUGAAGGACUGGGCAGGGGUGAUGAUAUCUGCCCAGACACUGACUGGCAGAGUCCUGGACUGUCCAGAGUGUCAACUGAUCUCUCAUCUCCUUGAAGAAAGUCCUGCCAGGGUUCUGGAUCCCCUUGACGUGAUGGAUCCCUACAACACAGAGCGAUGUCUCAGAAGUUUUGGAGGAAAAUGCAGAGCCUGGCUUUGUACAGAACACAGAUCUUACCAGCACACAGGACAAAGCCGCCCUCCAUGUUCUGAUCCCAAGGCUGUGUUUGUUUUGGGCUGUCCAGAUGUUUAUCCCUGUAAUAGUGGGACCAAACCAGUACUACACACUGGCUUUUCACUUUCCUUUUUCAGUUUUUAAUGUUUUUCUUGAUGCAUGCCUAGGAGCUUGGCCUCCACAUCUGAGUCCCUUUUUACCUGCCUGAUUAUUAUAGGUGAGACUAUUAAGGCUGGAAUAUGGAAUAUGGUCUAGCUGGGGAAGGAUUGGCUAAGUAGCCUAGAUUAUCUGUAAACAACUGAGCUCACUGGCCAAGUACCACAUUCAUUUGAUGAAUGAUAAUUUCUUCACAGCUCUGGCUGUGUACUUUAUACAGGCACAAAACAGUUAGCAAACACAAACAAAACCAAAUGUGAGUUACUUGUACUGUUGGACUUAAUGAUACUUGUACAGUUCAAUCCCAGGAAUGACAGGUGGUUGGCAAUACUCAGCUGGGCCUCAGCACCAAAGUGGUCAGUUCUUUGACUCCAAAGUUUCAGAUCUCAGUCUCUCUCCUUAGGACCAAGCUUCCUAGACAAAAUCCUGAGAGGCCAGAGGGGCAUAGCUCUCUUCUGAAACACAGGUCUGAGCCUUAGGACACCAAAGUAAUGGCAUGCAGACAAGGUUAUCUCUUCCUUUGUUUCAUUUUUUAAAUUAAAGAAUAUUUUAUUUAAAAGUUUUAAUUGAAAACAACAAGGUGUGUGUAUGGGUGUGUGAUAUGCUUGUGAAUAUGUAGGCUUCUGUAUCUGUGCAGAUGGAUAUAAAGACCAGAGCAAAACACCCCGGUGCCUUCCUCCACAUUGUAUUGCCUUGAGAAGGGGACUCUCUCUGACCUGAGAACUGACCAUCUUGGCUAGGCUGGCUUGACCAUGGAGCUCCUGUGAUAUGCCUGUAUCUGCUCCCACUCAGCUAUGCUAUGGAGCCAUGCCUGGCUUUCUACCAAGGUAUGCUAGGGAUUAGAACUCGGUAAUGCAUACUAGCUCUUAACCUUUCAGCUAUCUCCCUAGCCUCCAAAUUAAUGACUGUGAAAGUAAAAUUAGGUGUGUCUGUCUGCAGGCCCAUCAUCAAUGUAUUCAAUCAAUCACCUAUCCAACAUAUUGGAGCAAAAUUGCAACUCAUUGAAUGUGUGUGUCCUCUUUUUCUUUCCCUUUUCUCGUAGUUCCUAAUGAACUUAGUGGAACAGUUAUUUCCAUCACAUUUACACCGUGUUAAGUAUUACAAGUAAUCUAGGGAUAGUUUCAAGCCUAUGGGAGGAUAUGCGUAGGCUUUCUGCAAGUACUACACCAUUUAUAUAAGGUGUACAGCAUUGAAUUCGAUGCCCACAGGGAAUCUUGGAAGCAAUCUCCCACAGAUGCUGAUGGACAAUCGUAGAACAGUACAUGCUUAUUUUAGAAUUCUGGAACAUGUUGGAUUGCUGAGAAGUUCCAGUUUAGGAUAUGGAGUUGGCCUACACUCAGUGAGACUUCAAUAUGAAGGAAGAUGUCUUUAGGAUUCUUCCCAAAUGCUUGGGCGUUGCUGAGGACUGCAUUGCCUACAGUCUACCUUAUUUACUUCAGGCACACACUCCUGGAGGAAUUAAAUAAGCUACUUUUACUAAAAAUUAUGGAUUUGUCAGCUAACACCAUGAUUAUUCUAAAUUGGGAAAGGGGUAAUAUCUCUUUGGUGACUGCUGUGCGCCAAGGUUGACUGGACCACAUGAACAUAGAGAAGCCCGAGUUUGAAUUCUAUGUUGGCUCACUCCCCCCACUUUUCUCUGUUUCUAUUUUCUUUCCUUCUUGGUCUUGAGUUCCUCACUUUCAUAAUUGGCAUACAUAUUUGCUGUUAGGUGUUUUGUACACUUUUUGGUGCCAGAUUAAACCCUUGUAAUGCUGAAGUGAUAUCUUAAGAUAGGGGGCAUGAAACACAUGGCCUUGCUUUUGCUUGUUAGACUCAAAAACCUAAAAUCAAUAUAGAUAUUUUAUUUCAAGGUUGACAAAUGUUCCUGUUGUGAACAUGCUAGGCUUUGUGAACUAUGCAGACUCCAUGUUAACUGCUUCAUCUGCCAUUUUGAUUUGAAAGCAGCCACAAACACCCACACUGCACGUGUAUUCCAAUAAAGCUUUAUUGACAGUAGCAGGUGAUGGGCCCAUGUGCUUUCUUUCAAAAGCAGCAGUUUAUCCCCUUACUUUAUAAAGGAAUCAAAAGGUAGGAAUAUUCUUAUAGAAUACAAGUAAUAGUAGUGGAAAAUCCAUUUACAAGGAAGAAAGAUGUAGAUAUACUCAUAUAUAUACACACACAUGCACACACACACAAAAACAUAUAAACACUUAGAACCUUCCACAAUCUCCACAGAAAUUUCAUUUCUAAAUGGUUACAUUAAUUUCCAUUGAUCUCAGAGGAACCAUCUCUCUAAGAAAUCUAACACUAGCCACAAGACAGGGUCUGAGCUGUGACUGCAUUGCCUGGACCUCCUGUCAAACCUAUGACUGAUGCCGCGUUUUAUGAUUCUCUUAAAAGACUGAUUUCCCCAACACAAUAACUGCCUCCUUGGGCAAAGAUAAGCCCUUAGCUUCAUUCAUUUUAGUUUAUUUCCCUGCUUGCAUACACUGCUGCACUUGAACAUUACUCCAGGAAGCAUGCAAAUAUAAUUCCACCAACUGAAAACAUUUGCUAUUCGCUCCCACGUCUAGGGGCGGCUUUAUCAAUGUAUGGAGAAACAAAAUGCCAGUCUCACCCUUUAUCAUUCUCAAUAGGUCAUAUGGGUGGCAUUUGACACAUUAUGUACCCAGUCUGGGCCAUUUUAUUUUUAUCUUCAGGGGCUCGAGAGACAAUACAUGCUCAGCUUGCCUUUCAAGCAGAAGUCACCCCGUUGGGUUAUUGGAGUGAAGUAGCUGUGCUGUGCUUGCUGAACUGUUUGAACAUGGUACUCGAUCGGUGAACCCAAAGAUGGGUGCACAGGGGCACAAGGAAUCUGUUGUGUGACGUGUGUUACUGUCCUUCAUUACUUACCAUUGGGGUGGGGGGAGGGCUGCUGAUGCCGGCCAUGCUUCUUGUGUGUAUCCUCUCCUUUGUCAGUGGAGCUUGGUGGCAGAUUUGCACACAGUAUACAUGUCCAUUUUCUCCUCCCUUCCCCACAUCGAUCCUUUAUCCUUUCAUAUUUUUGGCAAAGCUACAUAAAAUUGUCACAGCAUCAACUGUUACUUUAUAGGGCAGAAAGAAUAGGGGUGUUUUGGGGUUGCAUUAUGGGUAGUGAUGUGUUACUGCUUCUUUUCUGUCCUGUUGAAAGCCAACAGGUUUUAUUGGCAUGAACACCCUUAAGGGGGGAGGGCUUUGGGUCAAAUGACCCCCUUAGUAAUUCACUGCUAGCACUUAAAUUAUACCUAUUUUAUCCUGUGUUUGUACGUUGGUAUCAGUCAAGAAAUCAGAGAUGAUAUAUUGCAUUUUUAUAUGAUUAAGUAACUGUUUUGACAUUGAUGGAAGAGGCACCAAAGUUAUGGCACUUGUUACUUGUGACCUAGUACCAUUUAUUCGGAUGGAAGAUUACGUCACAGGAGCGGUUGCACUGAGCAGGCUCCCACCAUAGGGAGCGAGCUGCCUGUUGCUGGAGAUGUUCACAGUUGUCUUCUGACGUAACUACCAACAAUUGGCCAAGCCGAAUCCUCAUUGCUUUAAUUAAGUGGAAUUGAGUGCAAGAGAUGCUUUGGGAUUAAAAACGAUUCUCUGGGAACUUGAACAGACUUCAUUUCCUAUCUGAUCUGGGAGAUUGCCCAUGCAUAUCAGCCUAUAGAUGCCCGCAGAGGCAUUUGGAGCAGAAUAAAAUGAUUCCAUUUCCUCAUAAACUUCUAGCCCAUUUUUUUAUUUUUUAAAUUGAAAAGCUAUAUCCAUUCACUUAUAAUAUCCUGGGGGCAGGGCAUGCCACACAUUAAAGUCAGAAGAAACCUUUAGAGUUAGCUUUCUACUUUCUGUUACCAUUUAGGUCCCUGGGAUUGAUCAUGGGUGGUCAGACUUGGUGGCAAGCCCGUUUACCUAUGGAACCGUUUCACUGGCCCCAGCAGCUUCUGUUCUUAUCUCCCUGCUGGGCCCUUCUCCCAUGUCACAGGGGUGACACUGCUGAAACUACCCAACCACAUGGUUAUAGCACAUGGGCCAGAGUGGCUCACUGCUCAGUUUGUAUGGCUUAGGAGCAAAAGUUAGUUUUUCACAUUUUCAAAUUGCUUUAGAAAAAUCUAAAAGGUAUUUUGCAACAGGUAAAAAGUAUACAAAAUUCAAGUUCCAUUGUCCUCAAAAUUUAAUUCUUAUAAAGCCAUGCAAGUUCAUUUACCUCAUGUCUGUGGCUGCUUUUGUAACACAAUCCUGUGAAGACGUGAGAAACAUCCACGGAGUCCCAAACACUCACCAGACUAAAACCAGUUACUGUUUGACCGCAUGGUGAAAAAGUUUGUCGCCCCCUUCGAAACUGGUGAAAUUCUUUCCAAAGAAUUUGCCCAGUGCACAAGGUAAUAGACAGGAUAUAACAUUUCUGCAGUCUCUGAACAAUGUGCCUAUAUUACUCCUGUAAGCUCAAGUCAGUCUUAAGUAGAGUAGGAAGAGAUGGGGGUGAGUGGUCCCAGGCUGCUAGCAAGUUCGUUGUUUGUUCUUUUAGUAGGUUCAGCCUAGGGCCUGGACACAGUCUGUUUCUGAGAUCACCAUAGCGAAGUCACCCCUUGCACCUUCUCACAUGACCACCCUCCUGCAGUCUGCUACCUGAGGCCCUUCACCAGACCUCCACAGUACCGUCCUUCCCUCUCCCUGACUCCUUAUGUGAGGGCUCUCCUGAUGCAGGUCUGUAGGGCAGGCACCUCAGCCUGCACUGGCUGCUGGCAUGAAAACUAGCACUCAGUGUACCCAGCUAUCCAGUGUGCCCUGUAAAAAGCCCAGCUGCUAAUUUUACUAGCCAGCAGGUUGGCUCCUCUGGUCUCCCCAGAGCAUAUGGGAAAAAGAAGGACAGACUUAGAAAUCAGACAGUUCUGGAGAAAGGAAGAUCCUUAUGACCUGAGAGUUUCAUGCUGGCCCCCCAGACAUUGUUCUGGUACAGUAACUCCUCUACUUUUGGACAUCCAAGAGAAUGGUGGCUGGGUAGGAGUAGUACUUACUUGUCUUUAACUCAACCACUUGCCUGUCCAGCUCUCUGGAACUAGUCCCCACGUGUUUAUUGUUACCAUACAUUCUAACGGAAUGUUGCUUCCCACCCUACUUAGCCUCUGUUGGGUUGCAAGCUAGGCGUUCUGCCCUUCAAGUAGGAAUCUGACUGGUGUCUGUCCACUUUUCAGCUUCUCUACUCACUUGCCAGAGCAUACCAGGAGGUGAUACGGAACACUUUGUAACAACAAAUAUUCUGUAUUCCUGGCAAGGAGCUGCUGUAGUGUGGUCCUUGGAAUACAGAGGGCCUCUGUGUGGAUUGUGGCUGAAGCUGCAACCAGACUGCUAUCCCUGUCUAGCCUCUCCUCAGGGCUUUCAUUCUGGGCCAGUAGCUUCAUCUUUUGAAGCCACAAUUUCCUCAUCUUGCUGGUGGGGAGAAUGUCAGACUCUGGGUCUUCCUGUUGUGGCGAUAAGUCAUUGAUUGAAUACAUGUCAGAAAAAAAUGCAUCUUGUGUGGCUCCUAUGGUUUGUGUUACCUGUCAGCCCAGGCAUCAUGUUAUAGUAGGCUGUCACAGAGAACAGCAAAGGCAGAGGGAAGAACAAAUCCUUUCCUGGGGUGAGAGAGGAAGAGAAGGGGGGCAAACUUGAAACCUCUCUGAACCUAAUAUUUUCUCAGAGGACCAAGAAGCACUAAACAAGGCUGCUGGAUGAUUCUGGGUCUAGCUAGUCAUCCCUAGUGUGGGUAUAAUGUGGGUCUAGUCAGUCAAUGUUUGUUCUGUGCACACCCUCCAUUCAGGUCCAUCCAGGGUCUGGCCUUUCUGAGACUGGACUGGCUCAUGCCAGCCUGACUCAUCAUUGUCAAACUGGCCAGAAAAUUCUCACUUCAUAUACUGCCUUCCUGAGUUGUACAAGGGCCAGAGGCGGGGUUGUAUUCGGCUCCCUAGAGCUGUCAUUGUGGGCAAGUGUGUCACAGGAAAACCUUUGGCAGGAUAACAGAUUAGUCUCAUGGAAAGAGGAUCAAAUACAUUCUCCACGCCCAGUCUUCCCUGGAGAUAGAGUGAGUGUGACAGGGUACGUGGCUGACUUCAGUGGGCUUGUCAACACCAUAUGUGAGGUAUGUGUGACAGCUAUUUUGGUGGCCACAUAGCCAUUGAAAAGAUGUGGGUGAACAUAGUAUGUACAUGGACGUGUAUAACCAUACAUGUGAGACAUGUCCCCUGGGCUCUUUCAAGCAUCCUGCACAACUAUUAGAAAUUAGCCACCAUUCAAGGCACCAGACACCUGUUGUUUCUUACAGACUAGAAAACUCUGUACAAUAUAAAAGGUGCAAACUGAAAAACAGGAUGGUUGGAUUGGCUUGGAGGCUGUGGCUAGUCCCUCGAGCAGACCUGGGACCUCAGUGUUUCUAAUUCCAGUCUCAGAUUCCGUGAGUCCCUGCUGCUGGAUCCCAAGGGCCAAAUAAAUAUGAUUUUAUGACUAACAUCAGCCGGCCUUCUGCUUUACUGCCCUUAUGCCUCUUUUCCUUCUUUCUGGACCAGUAAGGGCUGGUGCCCCCUGGAGGCUUAGAAUAGAACGAGCGAUUCGGAGCUUUUCAGUCAGGGCUUGCAGUGUUUUCCCACCUUGCUUCCCAAACCCUUAGAGGUUUACAUGUGGCUAUUUGUGAGAAAAAGAAAAUGUCUUAGUGGGCUGUGACUGUCCUUAGAACCUCCAUUCCAGCUGCGAGGAAUUUUAGUAGAGAGACUCAAAAAUAGAGACGGUGAUGGUGGUGAAGUCGCUCACACUAGGGACCACAUGCAAGCUGACACUUCCGAGUUUAGUUUGCGAGGCUAUGUUUAGGAGGAGGCAGACGGACUCGUGCCUGUGGGCCCUAAACACUCCAAUCUGGAGGACUAGAAGCCCCAUUUAGAGAGUCAGGUUCCAGAAAAAGGCAUCUUCCAGAAAAGACAAUUUUAGGGAAAUGACACCACCCAAAAGCCACCAUUUGGUUCUCAAAACUUUAUUUUUUUUAAAAAAUAAGAAUUGUUCUUUCUACUUUGGGUAGAGAGAGAAGGAAGGGUUGCCAGUUGCUUCUUGCCUGUCUGUCUUAAGGAAUCAGAACACUCAUAAACUUAAUUAAAUGCACCCAAGCCUCUUAUGCAUCAGGGUUCUCGUUUUGCCCAUCUAGUUAAUUUUAGUUAAUGAAAUUGGCCAUGUACUGGUAUGGACAGCCUGGGGUAGGAGAAGCCAGAGAACUCUCAGUGAUAACUUGGGUUACUGUGUGAGCCUGAGAGGACAUGGGUUUUUAUUUAACCUGAGGCUUCCAAGUUUCCUUACAUCUAUGUGCCUCCACCCUAGGCAAGCAGACCAUCAGGCCUUUCUUGUUUGCAAGAAAUGGGUUAAUCCAGAAAGUAAAUGAACUAGGCACACUGUCUCUUCCACAGGCCUGGAAGCCCAGGAUCCAGUAGAGUAACAGAGAGGGUCAACAAACUCUUGCUGUAGCCAUUGCCUCUGCCAGUUUUUCCCUGUUUAAUGUCUCCCACCCCACCUUUUUUUGUGACUGUGGCUAGAGCAACUCUCCUAAGGAAGGUAGGGAGGAAGAGCUCACUGGGGAGUAGAAAAAACAAUCCACAUAGUUGCCUGCUGCUAUAGCAAUAAUGCUACAAAACAGGCCAGAUCACAGAAAGUGGGGAUUUCAAAAGGUAAUAGUUGCCUGGUUUCUGUCUGUCACCAAACCCUGCUAGAUCUGUUGGCCUGUAAACUUUGUUUUGUUUGAGAUGGAGUCUCCCUCUCAGGAGCCCAGAGUUCAUCAAGUAGGCUAGAAUUGAUGGCUAUUGAGCUCAGAGAUCUGCCUGUCUCUGCACGUAGAUGGUCAGAGAGCAGUCCUGACCAUCCUUCUGGCUUUUGGAGAAAGGUCUGGAUGUGAUGGAUUUAUUGCAGAGUCUAUGCUGAACUGGUUUUAUGGACUGGAUACUCAGAGAACUACCUAUCUGUGUUUCUGUCUCUGCCUCAAGGACAGUUGGCAGAAGGAAAGUUGUUGCUUUCGUAGCUGUUAGAGAAGCUACUGUAAUUUUCUGUCUUCCCUCUAAGUCAGGAUCUGGGUAACUUAAUUUCUUAGCCACCUCAGAGUUUUCCAGAAAGUUUAGAUCAAUGUUCUGGAGAAGCUUGCCUCAUAACCACAGUGACCCGGGUUUAAGCUCUGGGACUAACAUAAAAAAGCCCGGUACUGGGGAGGCAGAGGGGCCACUGAGAGGGAGACUCCAUCUGAAACAAAACAGAAAACAAAGUGUGCCUGAGAAAUGACAUUUGAGUCUGUCCUCUUUCCUCCACUAAAGCCUAUUUCCCUGCUUGCUCAAACCCACAUACAAAACCAGAUCUCUUUUGUCCAAAGAUGAAAUUAAUGGUGAACAGAGAGCCGUGUGCUGUAACCUUCUUAGGUGACAUUGAACAAUCAGGACCUCAGAGUUUCCAUGGGUAAAAUGGUGAGUGUCCAGCAUUUAUGAGCAGUCUGUUCCUUUGCAGGCUCUCCAAGCUCUGGGCUCCCACAUCCACCUACUUACAACAGAAAGGCUAGCAUGAACUUGCCUUUCUUAAACCUAUAAGGCACUUGACCUUGUGUUCAGCAUUGGGAAGGGUGCACAUUAGUCUUUUUCUUAGCUGUUGGUCCCACUGAGAGGAUGUGAAUAGAUCUGGGAAGUUCCUUCCUCCCCUUCCACACAGAUUAGUGAGUGGUCUUACAUCUAAACGUCUUCCUAUGGCUUACAAACCUGAGAGGUAAGGCAACUGAUUUCCACUCAUCUCCUUUUCUCAACUGAAUCUCUUUGACAAACAUACAAAGAAGGGAAGCAUCUCUCUAGAAGGGACUGUGGCUAUAGAGUUGACAGGAGGAAGGAUACCAUGGGAAGAGGGCCUUUGUCUUCUAAGUCCAAGGAGUUAGUCUUUCUUUAGAUGGCACAGCCUUGGAACCUGCAUCGAAUAUUAUCUUUGCUUUGCUAUGAUCAAAUCCCUGGAAAGAAGUGACUUAGUGGGGAAGGACUUCUUUCACACUCAUGGUCUGACAAGCCAGAAUCUGUCUCUACUGUAGCAGGGAAGCCUAUAGUCCCUGGCUUAUCACAGCUGUGGUGCCAGUGCACGAGGCUGAUUGUUCACAGCUCAAAUGGAUUGAGAGACAGAGCAUGUGGGCCAGAAGGGGCUAGGUUAUAAUCCUAUCUACAAGGAUCUACUUCUUCUCACCAGGCUUCAACUCCUCAGGUUCUACAGCCUCCCAACACAGCAUCCCAGAUGGGGAACAUGCACUCAAAACAUGUGCUUGUGGGGACCACUUCACCUAUCAACCUGUAAUAGAACCCUUUAUUGAACCAUCUUCACAGAGUCUGCCUUCUCUAAGGGAUGCUUACUAUGACUCUGUGUGAAGUAUGACCGUUCCGUUGGCCUACAAUGAUUUGAAGGGAUGCCCUUCCACCACCCUCUGUGUUAGGAGACCCCAGGUUACAGAUGUCCCUUUCUACCAUGGAAGCAGUCCUACAAUACUUGAAGGGUUUUUUUUCCUAUUUCAGAGGCAGAAACUUCUCUGUCUUUGCACCUAUGAACAAACCUUUCAUAAAUGGCACAUUUACUUAAAACAAUGACUUCCAGAGGCAGGCGGGAACGAGCAAGGAGCUGGAGUUGUUACUGUGGAGUAAGGUAGCACACUCAGGGGGCCUAGCAAAAAAUGAAACCCUACCCAGGCUAUUUCCCAAAGUUAUGUCAGGGUAUCUAACACUGUGGGUGAUCUGUGCAAUUCAGAUUGCAGUAAUUUCCCAAAUGGAACUGCGAGUUAACUUCCUAGAUGAGCUGAAGAAAAACAACUGUAACACGCCCUCGGUGGGCUAUUUCAAGUGUUUCCAAUUUAAUUAACGGGAUUCUAAGCAAAGACUGUCCAGAAUCUUGGGAAGGAAGGGCUGUCCUUUCCUGGGUCCUCAAGGAUGAAGCAUUGCUCUUUGUCUGUUCACUUUCCCAGGUUCUUUGCCCCUGAGAGUUUGAGCACAGGAUUUCCACAGUCCCCUGGCCCAAAGGGAGUUGCACUCUGGGGCACAUGGCUAUAUUAUCGAAUAGACUUUGUAGACAAAACUCAGCAAGGCACUCAGAAAUUUAAAAAAAAAAUACAUAUUUUUCUUUCUCCCUGGACUAAGAUGGCGAGAUCGAGAUAGGCGGGUGGGAGUAAGAAGUUAUUUCUCUUUCGUUUAAGUUUGUUUCUGCUACAGCCUCUGGUCCUAAUAAUUUCUGCUGUGGAAUUUAAUUUAGUCAGACUUGGAUUCCUCGUACUUUUGCCAAAGGUAGUAUAUUCUGGAGAUCUGAAGUGACAGGAGAAACAGCCCCCACUUCCUGCAAGAUAAUUUUGUGUACAUUAAACAGACACAUUAAGCCAUUUAGAGGAGAGGUGUUUGUUCUCAGGAGUCUGGAAAAAAAUCUGAAUUUCUAAUUCUGGACUCUUUAAUAAUUUUCAAAAGAACCGAGGGUACUAAUUAACUGCCUUUGAACUUCCUUAGGCUGUCAUCUAUGCCCCGAUCUCAAAGUAGGGAUAAAAUUCUCUACGUCUAUGAGAUUCUGGGGGGGGGAUGUCAUUGAACAGAGUUUGGGGUGAAAACUAAUAUGAAGGGGGGGGGGAAAUGCACAAGGUCACAUUUGAGCUCCCAGCUUUGAGUCAAGAGGCUUUAUGCUGUGUAUUUUUUCUACCCUAUUUUCUUUGCUAAGUCUUGGAAAGAAGGCCAAAGAGAAGGAAACAAAGAAAACCAAUAAAAAUACAAAACAGCAACAGCAAAAUGGAAAGAGCUUGGGACUUCAUUGAGGGUGCCUAGGAUACAGACAUUCACAGCUCAGUAACGAAGAGCCUACCAAGGCUCUUCACUCAAGAAUGCGACUGAUUAGUAAUUUUUGUCGUGAGAGAAGGCUGGAAGGUGGCCUGACCAGCGUUGUUGUUUCUGCCUUAGCUAUUUGAGACCAUGUCACUUGCAUUUCCUUAAUGUUUAAACCAAGGUUUGCCUAAAGUCAUGCAGGUCUUCCCAGGUAGGGUAUGGACUAGAACCUGUCUCCCAACCAGAUUUAGUAUAGAGAUCACUCAGAUCUGUGGGGCAGAUCUCUCAGAGAACCAAGAAGGUUGUCAGCUUCCUGUGUGAGCCUUUUUCUUUCUUUUCUUUUAAGAUCUCUUUUCAUACUGCAGUCUGACUUGAGAUUUUUCCAUCUGGAGAUUUCUUUUUAGUGUUUGGAGGAGCAAAGGGGGUGGAUUUCAUAGCCACAUUGCUUCGCCAGACAAACAGAUUUGUGGGCACAAUUUUCCAGUGUGCCGUGUCCACUCCCCAAAUCCUCUUAGCACCCAGCACGAGCCAGUCCAGCCCUCCUACUACAGAGUUCUCCCAGCCCACUCCUGGGGUCCAUUCUCUCAUCUCUACAGCUGCCUUGCCUGUGCCCCACUCCCCCAGCACCAUAAAAAGCUUGUGGGGGCUGAUGACGUCAUGGUCUUCCUUCAUAGCCAGUACCUCCUAUUUCUUCCUGUUUUCCCCGCACCCCCGCACCCCUGCACCGUGUCCUCUCUCUUCAGCUAUUCAUGCUCACAUCUUAAUGGCCAUGCCUACAAAGAUAAAUACAUUUUUGCCUCUGACCAAAAGCAGUUUCUGGUCUGACUUGAAUUUCAGAAUCUGCCUGAAUUUGCAGGAAGGAAGCAGGGGCAGAGUCCUCUGUUUCAUCUGGGGAGCCAUAAAAGUUUGCUAAGAGUUUAUUAUCCCCAUCAAGAUGAAAAUGGAAUUCCAAGGCUUCAGAUAUGAAAGAUAAAUAACCAGGCAGGCUUCGGCUUCCGUGAAAGCCAAGUUCCCUUUUCUGGUUUUAUGACCCUACCUGCUGUGCCCUCACCUUGGCAUUCAUUUCCUGGUGAUGUCAGACAAAACCUGCUCUGGGGAUUUAUGCAAAAUUGGGAUAGAGCAGAGGAUUUUAGGCUGUUGGCGGAGUUUGCAAGAAGGAAGACUGCUCAUGUUCUUGGACUAUAACUCCCACCCAACCUCAGGUCUUGCUCUUCUCUUCUCAGUUUGAUGGGAAUUGGAAUAGAACGCCCAUUAGUUGGAAGACCCAGGAUGGCUUAGAGUCUAGGGUUGUGAAUUAUCCAGUCUACGAGCAGAAGGACUGCCUGUAAGUUCCACAUCUGGGGCAGAGUAUCGUCUAUAUUUGAGGUGUCUGAGAGUCUUUCUCAUGUCUGACUCUCAUGAGCUGCCAGCAAGGGCAGCUAGGAAAGCUUCCUCCCGCUUCUGCAUGCAACUCUAGUGCUCAGAGACUCCACAGCUGCAGUGGGCCUGCCCUGUGCCACUCUGGGUGGACAAUGGCAAUGCCAGUAUUUCUCCUAGCGCUUGCUUCUGGUCUUUGUGAUUGGCAGAGACUGGUGUUGACCUAUCAGUUCUUAGCUGUAGCCAAGUGCUAUAGGUUUGCCUUCAGUGUUCCUUUCAUCACGGUCCUGGAUGAACCCCUUCACUUCUUGCUUUACUCACCCUACCAGACCAUGUCAUGUGUCUCAGUGGCCCCACUUAGUGUCAGCAGUCCAUUUUUGUGUAUCAUGACUAGCAAAAUUUCCCCAAAUCCAGCUUUGUUUAUGUUUCCCGAUUGGCUUUGUGUAGACUAAAGCUCAGAUUCUUUAUAAAAAUGAUCAACGCACACCCUCUUUCUAACCAUCCUCCCACCUAUAUCCCCUCAUACACUUUGUGGGUUCAAAUCUGGCCUCAUCUUCAAAACUAUAUUCCAGGUGAGGAAGCCAAGGCACAGGGAGUUUUGAAUAUCCUAGGGAAGAUCAUGUGUCCAAUAAAUCUCAGGACUAGCAUCCUGGGGUAGAAUGACAUCUAUUCCUUCCCCUCCUGAAAUCUACAGCCUUGUCUAUAAUUUACCUGCACACAUGUGUGUCCCACAGGCUUUUGAGCCAGACAGUCUGACCUUGACUCUGCCAUGUACUAGUUGGGCCAGGGACAAAAAACAAAAGUAGCUACUUGACAGGGUUAUUAUGAAGAUUAAAUUCCCUAAUAUUUGUAAAGUACUUAGAACAGUAGCUGGCACAGACUAGGUAUUAUAUAAUUUGUUUGUUAAUCAAAUAUAGUAAGUUGUAGAUUCCUUGAGAAUAGGAAACAUGUUGUUUGUUUUAUAAUUCCCUUUUUCUUAUAUGGGAGAUGGGAGAAGAGGGGAUAUUUCAUCCUUGUAUCCAAUGGAUCUAUUUGGAUGAACCAAGACUUCUGCCUGGCAGUUGCUGGCAAACACAGUGCAAAGAGAUCUUAUCUCUCCACUCAGUAUAAGCCAGGGUUAAGAAUGCAAGAACACGAGUGAUGGCAACUGAUGAGUCUGUCCCCACAACUUCACAUUAUAGUGAGGAAGCCAAGGCACAGAGGGCUGGCAUUGAUUCCUCCCCCUGCUUCAUGUACUUUUCUUCUGUCAAUGAGUGGAAGAACCAGACCCAGUGCCACAGGCCUGCUGUCCUAACUAUAUGAGAGGCUGAGGUAGGGAGAUUCCCAAUUUCAUGGCCAAUUUGGACAACUUAGUGAGAACUGUCUCAUAAUAAGAAGAGAAUGUUAGAGAUGCCAUUCAGUAGAAGAGUGCUCCCUUUGGAUCAUGCUGUGAUGCAGUGUGUGUGUGUGUGCGUGCGUGUGUGUGCAUGCGUGUGUGUGCAUGUAUUAGUGUGUAUGUAUGGUCUGCGUGUAUGGUGUGUAUGGUCAUAUGGUAUGUGUUUGUGUAUGUGUGGUAUGUAUAUGGGUGUACACAUGUUGUGUGUUGUUUAUAUGAGUGUGUGUAUGUUGUAUGUGUUGUGUAUAUGUGUAUUUUGUGUGUUGUUUGUGUAUGUGUAGUGUGUGUAUAUGUAGUUGUGUAUGUGUAGUAUGUGUGUGGUCUGUGUGUACAUGACUGUGAGAUGGUGUGAGUAAUGAGUGUAUAGUGAAUGUGUGUGUAGUGUGUAUGUGUGGUCUAUGUAUAUGUGUAAUGGUGUGUGUGUGUGUGUGUGGAGAGAGAGAGAGAGAGAGAGAGAGAGAGAGAGAGAGAGAGAGAGAGAGAGAGGGAGAGGGAGAUUGGGAGGAGUGAAAGAUACAGGAUAUUUGGGGAAGCAUUUGCUCUAUAGAGAAGAGUUUUCAUGUUAGGUUGGGUGACAGCCUGAGGUCAUAACCACUUAUUUAGUGGGACAUUUUCUGUAGUGGAGACUUAGGGUAGCCUCCCUUCCCUAAGCUGCCUUCCUUCUAUGACCAUAUCCAGAUCCCUCCACCUCACCCCCUGCUAUCAUUAUUUAAUCCCCCCAGCCAUGUCCCUCUAUGGCAAGGCUAGUUUUAUCUUCUGUUCCUUUGAGUCAUUUCCAGGAUAAAAUGUGGAUGCAACUGUGAAUAGAAAGCUACGUCAUCCUUUCCUCUUUCAUCUGCUUUCAUCAUAAUGGGCCCAUUUGGAAGGUUUCAUAGGGACAGACACAAUGCUCCUCCACUGGGCUCCAUCAACCACUGAAUGAUCAAGGUGCCCAGGGAAAGCUCUAGAGUGAGGCUAGCUGGUUUCCAUGGCAACUGCUUGCUCAACCCUGCAUGCAUACUUCCUUCUUUGCACGUAGGUGUGUGUUUGUUUAUUAUUGGCGCAACCUGCCAGUGCCCCAGCAACUACGUAGGUGCCAUUUCGACUUCCACCUCUGAGGUCAUUCUCAGUUUUGACAUAGAUUUUCCCCCACCCCCCACCCCCAAGUGGUGGUGGAGGCAUGAGUUAUGCUUGCCUAGAAAAUAUUCUCCUUCAAGCCGUAGACCUCGUUUCGUCUGUUACCGCAAUAAUGGUGAUCUCUGGGGGUGUUGGAGAUGCCGUUUUAGAACCUUUAGAGUCAGACAUCAUCUUGGCUCCCGUAUUGAGUCACAAACCGGCUGGAGAGCUGAUGUUGACGCACAGGCCUGUACAGUCCUGUGUGCGUUGCUGUUCCCUGGGGAUGUCCAUGAGCUGACAGUAGACAGGAACCAGAGAAACCUGGACCUGGGUUAUUCCCCUAGGGUGACUCUGAGCAUCUGAGGGAUGGUGGUCUAACUUAAGAUGUCCUGGACCUGGGAAAUUUAGCAUGACUGUGAAAUAGCACAUAUCUGAUUUGAUAUAGGUUCUACCUUAAAAUGAUCACAUUUAAGUUAGGUUAGUUAGGUAAACCAUAUGAUCAUCAUUUUUCCAAAUUAUUAAAAAUUUCUUUUAUUCUUUAAUAAUUUUAUACAUGCAUAUAAUAUAUCUUGAUCAUACGCUUCCCAACUCUUUCCUUAUAACACUCUAGACACUCCCUAAAACAUCUUUUUUCUGUCUUCAUAUUCUCUUCUCUUCUGUUUUAUUUAUUUUUUAAAAACUAACAUAUUUAGUCUAGUUUCCUUUUACUUUUAAAAGAUGUGUCUCUUAAGUAGAUGGAGGAAUGAUUAGGCAAAUGAGCUAUAUUAUUUAAAUUAAAUUUUAUGCAUAUUCUACCACAGGAAAAUAAACAUGUACAUAUGUGUGUAGACAUAUAUAUAUAUUGUAAAAUAUAUAAAAGUUUUUCAGGAGAGGAACCACUUCCUCCAGUCGGCCUUUAGAAGCCUGGAUAACAUUUCUAGAAGACUCCAGCAUACACUCACAUGUAGCUCAUGAACCAGAUCUGCGUCACCAGCCUGACCCUUAGUCCAUUGCUGACAAAUGGAAAGGGGCACCGAGGUCGGUUGGCCUGACUGACUGAGGUUUACCUAGGAGCAGUUCAUGUUUUUCUCCAUUACCUGCAUCCCUGAAUAAAGGAAGAAGGAAGCUGGGGAUGAGCUGUAUCAGAGGCAGGUAUCAAUACGCCCUAUAGCAGUAGUUCUCAACUUGUGGGUCGCAACCCUUUGGUGUUGUUUAUCAGAUAUCCUGAAUAUCAGAUAUUUACAUCACAAUUUAUAAUAGUGGCCAAAUUACAGUUGUAAAGUAGCAACGAAGUAAUUUUAUAGUUAGGGGUUACCACAAAAUGAACUGUAUCAAAGGGUCACAGCAUUAGGAAGGUUGAGAACAACUGUCCUAUAGGAAAAUCCACAAGGAGGUUAAUGUGUGUUAGUGUCAGUGGACACAGUUUGACUACUUCUUACUCUACCUAGAGUUCAAUAUUAAAUAUCUGUCUAUAAUUAUAUCAUCAGUAAAAUGUAAAAAUAAGUGCCUUGCAGGAGAAUAUAUGAUGAGCAAAGAAACAGACAGAGACAGACAGACAGACAGACACACACACACACAAACACAAACACAAACACAAACAAACACAACCAGAAAUAUGGACUUUACGGCCUACCUUGCUGUCUUAUGUUUCUUUUGAGAGCACUAGUUCAUAGCAUUUACAGUUGAAUACAAAGCCCAGCUAGCUAUUCUGCCUCAGUCACAGGCUCUGUGGCCUUGGACCAGCUGCUUUUCUGAGUCUCAAUUGCUUCACCUUGUAAAAUGGGAUUAACAGUAGCAGCUGCUUCAUGAAGCUGUCAGUGGCUGCUUGCCUGUCAACACAUGUAAAGCACCCAGGAAAAUGUGUUCAUGUUUAACACAUAUGAACCAAGAUCAGUGGUCACCUGGGACUGCUUUGGGGAUCAGUGGUCAUUCUUGAAGUCUUGCAGACCUCUUUAACUUGCCUUCCAUGCACCUCUGGCUGAGAUGUGGAAGACUCACCCCACAGAAAGCAUUUGGUUAGACAUAAGGAAGGACCCUUGGCAUAUGGUUUUCCAGUUGAUAUCCCAGGAGAGGGAUUUCCCCCUUAACAUUAAGGCAGUUGUGUGGAAGAGAAUAAAUGGGGAAAAUGGUCUGUGAAGAGAAAGCCCUUUGCUGGCUGCCACCUCAGAACGGUGGGAAUUGACUGAAAUUGAGCUGGCCACAGCAUUCACCCAGCUCCAGGACGGAAGGCUUUUGUAAUCAGCUUGCCUAUUGGUCUUGCACUCAGAGCCCCACUUUAAGACCUAUUUUUAGGAGUUAGUGUCUGUCAGGAGAGGAUUUGGAGAAUCACUCAGGGAAUGGGGCAGUCCUGGAUUUAAAGUCCUUUCAAAGUCAACAAUUGUGAUGAAUUUGUGACUUCUACUAGUGUUAUUCUGUCCCAAGGGCACACACGGAGGGCUCGUUAAGAACCCCAGGCAAUGCAGUUCUUGUGUGACUUGUUUUCAUGUCAUCAUUAGAUCAGAGCAAGCUAUUCACUUCAAAUCUCUGCUUGUUGUUCAGAGAAAUCGAGCCUGGUGCUACAAGGUUCCACAGAAACACCCAUGAUUCCACUGUGCUUUAUAGGGAAGGGCUCAGAGUUAGGGAGAGGGUGACAUGUCUCUGUGCACAAAUUAAGAGUAUGUCAGAGGACAAUACAACAUAAUACAGAUCUGUUAUUUGAUUUGUAUACAUCCUUCCAUCUUCUCUGAGUAACUGUUACUACUAGCUAACUACUGACCAUGUUUGCUAUAGUACUGAAUCUGGAUGACAAGUGCAUUCUCUGUGUUACCCUCAUUUUCUAUUUCACGUGUGUGUGUGUGUGUGUGUGUGUGUGUGUGUGUGUGUAUGUGUGUGACAUGUAUGUACAUAUAUGUAUUUAAUAUAUGUUGAUGUGUGUGUGUUCCAGUGUGUGUGUGUGUAUGUGUGUGACAUGUAUGUACAUAUAUGUAUUUAAUAUAUGUUGAUGUGUGUGUGUUCCAGUGUGUGUGUGUGUGUGUGUGUGUGUAGACCUGAGGUUAAUGUCUGGAAUCAUCUUCAAUUGUUUGCUUAUUUACUCUUUCAGUUGUGGUCUGUCAAUCAAACCCAGAACUCAGUACUUUGUCUAAUCUUGCUGGCCAGCUUGAUCUGGGGAUUCCCUGUCUCUCUUUUUCUUUUUCUUUUAGCUGGAAUUAUAGGCAGGCCUACCUAUCACUUCUGUGGGUUCUGGUGAAUCCAAACUCCAAUCUUUAUGCUUGGCAGGCAAGGGCUCUAACCACUGAGACGUCCCUGUAGUCCCAUAUUCCUCCCCAGUCUAUGAUGUCUACAGGCAAGGCCACCAGUGUGGGUGGCUAGCCAACUUGCCUUAGUAGUGUUGGUCCCAGUGGCAAUGCUAGCCCAAGAGGGCGCUGGAUGCUCACUGGUAAAAAUGGCCCCUCAUUACAGGAUGGGACACAAGGUGAGGCACCACCAGCCAUUAGCUGAACAAAAUCUCAACAAGGUUUGAUCUCAUUAAGGAGGCAACAGUCAUGCUCUCCAGCUACAGAUGAAAAGUCUGGCUGGGGACUUUUACUGAUAAGCUUUCAAAACCUGAACACCCUUCAGGAUGUUGUGUUUUUCCCCUUCAUAUGUGCCUGCCUGGUUUUCUAAUUACAGCUUCUCUAGAAGCCUUUCUCUGUACAUUCUGAUCCCCCUUUCUCUUAUACUUAUCACACUUCUCAUUGUGACCGUGUGUGUGUGUAUGUGUGUGUGUGUGUUGCCCUGUUGGUUCUUUUGAGACAGGGUCUCAUAUAUCCCAUGCUGGUCUUGUGUUUGCUUUGUAGCAAGGGGUGGCCUUAACUCCUGAUCUUCCUGCCUCCAUUUCCCAAGAGCUAGAACAACAUGCAUAUAUCACUAUGUCUGCUUAGUUUCUUUUUCUUUAUUUUUUCCUCUUUCCUCUCCAGCCCUCUUAGUGCUUUGAAACUGUUCAUGUAAGUGAGUUCCUCUGUGCUUACUAGGUAGAGGAGUAUUUUAGAUUUCAAGGUAAAACAGCUAUUGACUUUAAAGUCUGAUGACACCAAGCCAUUAGUUUGCUUAGUUAAAACCCUUCUGAUUGCCCAUUGGACAGUGGAUUGUGAUAUGGUGAGAAGAUCUAGAAAUACUGUUUCCCUGUGUCUGGUCUAUUGCAAUUCUUGGUUAUCUGUUUGUUUGUUUAUUUGUUUAUUUAUUUAUUUACUCAGUCAUAUUUGAUGUGUUUUAUUUGAUAUUUUUCUUUAUUUACAUUUCAAAUAUUAUACCCUUUCCCUAUUUCCCCUCUGGAACUCCCUCAUCCCAUCCCAUUCCUCCUUUCUUACCCCUUCCCUGCUUCUAUGAGGUGCUCCCCCACCCACCCACCCACUUUCUCCCCCCUCAGCAUCCUGGCAUUCCUCUACACUGGGGCAUCAAACCUUCACAGGACCAAGGGCCUCUCCUCCCAUUGAUGCCAGACAAUCUGUCCUCUGCUAACAUAUGCAGCUGAAGCCAUAGGUCCAUACCUGUGUACUCUUGGGAUGGUGGUUUAGUCCCUGGAGCUCAGGGGGAUCUGGUUGGUCGAUAUUGUUGUUCUUCCUAUGGGGUUGCAAACCCCUUCAGCUUCUUCAGUACUCUCUCUAACUCCUUCAUUGGGGACCCCAUUAAUCAAACAGGGAAAUCAUUAAACGUGUACUGUUUUCUACCCUGUCAGGAGAAAACCUUGCUAUUCCUCACAUAGAUGAAAUAUGUGACUCUUCCUUGAACCAGGGACUUCUGAUUAGAAACCAGACAAUUACCAAGGAUGUCAGAGCAUCUUAUUCUGGAGUCUGUAAUUGAACAAUAAAAAUGUAUAUACGCAGAGACCAUGGAAUAAGACUUUUAACUUGAAUCAGAGAGUGAGAAGAGCUAUCUCUUACAAGAUGGCCCAGAUGAUCUCAUGAUGAAUAAUGGCCCUGUCCUGAAAUUGCAUCCUCAUUGCCAAGCAGUGGCUGUAGAUUGGAAGGUGAAUGGUGAUGAUAACUGUACUUUGCAUUUGCAUAUAGCAUUCCUCCCAGCCACUUGUUAAGGCAGUUGUGUUCAUAUAUGGCAGGUGAACAUUCCAAAGACUGAUGUCUCUGGAGGUAGAGUCAUGAGAGAACGCCAACACUGGAUGUAUAGUAUUCACAUGGGUCUUUAUGGAAGGAUCCACACGAACUAUCUAGGAAGUGCAUUUUUCCUUCUAUGAAUUGCUGGCUCAGUGUUGCCCUGGACUGUGUGGACUUCGUGAACCAGAGUGCUCCACGUGGAGGAGUAUAUAAAACAUUGACAGGAGGCGGCUUAUUUUUUUCAGGUCUUAAGUGUUUUAAAUGCUGAGGAAUUGUGCAACCUGAAGCCCCUCUGCCUCUAUCUGCCUAGAGAUAGCAGCUCAUCUUUUGUUCUUUAUGGUAAAAAGGGGGUUAUGGGCCUCUAAAGAAAAUAGUUUGUGUUUCCUGUGCUCUGUGAACCAAGAAAGUAAUAAACUUCUAUGAGGGCAUUACCUUGUCUUUCCCUCAAGUAAGCUAGGAGCUAACCAUUCCCAUGUUCUCUAUGCAAAAGGGACCUUAGCAUCAGAGUAGCUGAACAACUUGCUGAAGUUUACAUGGCAAUGUAAUGGUCUGACUUGAUGGCCUACACAUCUUCCCCCCCCAAACCAAAGCUUCUGAAGUGACGAUUUUUAUACCCUUAGAGGUCGGAGACUCUGUGUAAACUGGUAAAACUCUAGCUACUUUGAAUAAAGAACUGGAGUCCACAGAAGCUGCUCUCCCAUCCUGUGUCCCACUCCAGGAGUUCUGUGAGACCUCGAGCGCUUCAACAAUGUGCCCAGGAUACUAUGCCAACUCCAGAAGUCCAUCCCAUCUGAGCAGACAGCAUGUCCACUUCCUAGGAUAAGCCUUUCUGAUUCAUGCCACUGCUUCCUUCCUGAAAAAUCUCAAGUUCCUCUUUAGAUAGAAGCAAACAUUCAAUAAGGAUUUUCUCCAAGGUCCACCUCUUCCUUUUAUGAGCCAACUAAAAGGCAUCCCUGGGCGACUCUGUGUCUUUCAUGGAAAGGGAGCCACCCUUAGUGAGGUGUGCAUGGGUACUGCCUCAAGGCCUAUGGUAAGAGAGAAAGCUUUGAGGUGAGGUGGGAAGUGCUGUCUCUGUGUAGCUGAAGGUCAGGGUAAUGUGAGUCAGAACCUCUGGAAGGUCAGCAGAUUCAGGCACACAAUGAGCCCAGGAGCAAGCUGUUCUGGAAUGUGCUUUGGACAGAUUUGCUUAGAUCCCAUUAGCCUGCCUUCUCUCCAGAUGUUUCUAUUGGAAACAAAAAAUUUCUGGCUCUUCUGAUGUUGGUAGGGACCACAUGCUCUCCUGAGAUGGCUAUUCAAAGAAUCCCCCCAGUGAUGUUUGACAUUGUUUACUUUUACCGAUGAUACCCGGCAACCUCUGACUCCUGAGCCAGGGUAUGUGGAGAUAGUGCAGGGCCUUGGAAGGAUUCAUAGCCAUAUAUCCCCCUGCCCAGGGCUGACUCUCCUUGCUACACAUGGAGAUGAGACACCUGAAGCAUUUGUAAUGGAGAAAGUAUACAGAGCCUGAACUCCAUUUAGAAUGUUCUAGACUCAGUAGGAAGACAGAUAAAUGGUGUCUGUGUUCCCAGAGUUGGAUUCAGGCUGCCCUCUGGUCACAGCAUUGCCAUAUGUCCCUUUGCUUACCCCACUUUCAGCCAUGUUAGGAGAAGAAACGUCUUGAAGAUGCAGAAGACACGACAAGUUACUGAUCUUGAGUAUUUGCAAUUAACAGCAGGGCUCUUGUUUUGUACAGUUGUUCAGCACACAGAUACAGACCAGGUGACUUUUGAAAGGCAAUCUCUGAGCAGAGAUGAAAGUGGAUAUUUAUUAGAGAAUCCUUGUUAUUACUCCAACGGGGGAGGGAGGACAAUGUGAGAUUCACACAGAGGCCAAAUGUGAUGCAGGGUUGAGAAAACCUUCACCAGUCCCCUGGAGAAUGGGAUCUCAAAGGGUCUGUCAGUGUAAUCACACAUGGCCUGACACUAAAUGUUAUCUUAUCCACAAUCAGCAGUAGGAGAUAGGUUCCCCCUUAAGGAUGUGGCCUCGAUUGAGCAUCUCUCUCUAACUGAGCCCCACCAAUGUUUCCUUGGAAGGGGCUUGGCCCACACUAGGGUUUUGUAAAUGUCUCAGUCAGUAUGCUUGUCUGAGAGGGGCCUGUAGAGCUGUGGCUCAGACCCUGGCAUCCCAGAGUCCCAGGCAGAAUUAUGCAAGGCAGCAUCUCAGUAAACCCAGGCAGGUAUCAGAUCUGCAGCUGUCAGUGGGUCUCCAUGGUUGCCUUAUACUCCUAAGGAAGUAGGUGAGACUCUGCCGUGUUAGGCUAUGCCCAGGAACCAUACAACCAGCUAUGAAGACCUCAGGGUCCACAUUCACAUCCCAUUCUAAAGGCAGUUUGCUUUCCCAAGUAUAGAAUCAUCUAUGGCAUUGAGGGAAGAGCAGGGGUCAUUGUAGGGAUCAUUAGAGUCCCCCAACUGUCCCUUGCCACCUUUGCCUAUCUCCAGUGUCACCUCUGUUCUUUGCCUCAGCAGUUAUUACAUGUGUUUCACCUCUCUCCAUCCUCCACAGAGUUCUCAGUACUUCACCAGCCCACCUGCCUUCUAUUUCACGACUUUCUUAGCACUCCUAUGUUGGACAUAGUUUUAUUCUAAUUGCUACACUCUAUAAAUACCACCAAAGCCUCCUAGGGGACUGCAUACUCUCAAAUGGCAGGGCUGUUGCAAGUGUAUGGUUUAGGACUGUGAAUCUAAGGAAGACACAGUGUAAUCUUUCUCCUGGGAAUCUGAAUGUUGAGAUUUGCUAUCACCUAGCAAGCUUCAGGGCUCGUGGAAACCCCCAGCAGCUUCCCAUAGAGCUCAGUAUAAUAUGGCUUCAUAUCUGUGCCUUUAGGGCCCGGUGUUCCCUCUGAUUCAUAGAUCCAUAAAAGGACAUACUGUGUAGACAGGCCAUGCAUGACCCAAGAUGUCAUGGCUCAGUAUGCCGUGGUCUAGGUUGCCAUAGCCAAGAGUACCAACAAUCAUUGGAUUAACUAAGUGGGAGGGUGGCAUUGAUAUCAAUGAAGCCAAAUUUGGGAAACAUCCAAAGAUGGCUUUGAAUUCAAGGUCUUGCUGCUAUCUCACCCUUGUGACCUGCCACUUAAUCGCAUGGCUGAGGAUGUGUUAAGAGCUGGGGAAAUGUAUAAAUGUUUAGAGAGCAGUGAGCUGCAAACUGUAAAUGGCCAUGGCAUGUUUAUAUGAAACUGGCAGCUCAGAAAUGAGACACUAAUAGCCUUGUAUUUUAUUGUUAUUUACUUUUUGGUAGAUAGAAUUACCAAACUGAUGGAUAGAAGGAUUAUUCGAGUUGUUAAAUAUUUGGGAUUUGCCAGUCUUCUGCUGUAACACCUUCUGGCAACUACUUUAAAGUAAACUCAGACUAGCUGGGAGCUGUGGGUUGAGAAAGGGAGGCUGUGGCUGGAUACCAGUCCCUUCACCUUACUUGUAACACUACCUUUUGAGAAGGCAGGACAGAACUUAUUGUGCCUGGAAGAAGGUUGAUCUCUACUAAAUGAGUCCUCAAGGUUUGGUGGUUAGAAAGGUGUACAGAAUGGAGAAACUAAAUAUACUGAAUUAGCUGCUGACAUACACAGAGGCCCAUUGGUCCCUGUGUCUGUCCCCUGUCAUCAAGAGUACUUCCUAUGUCUUACCAGGGGCUUUCCACUAUGGUUUUCUGGACGUUGUGUGUGUCUCCCUCCUCCCCUACAAGGCUUUUGGCUGUGGCUCCUUCUGUCUGCUAAGGAGGUUUGUUGAUUCAUCUAUAAAUAGUCUGGGUUGAAUCAACAAGGGUGAGCUCAGAAUGGCAACUCUUCUACCAAGGCUUUCUGAGCCACCAGCUGCAAACUGAGGUUCCUCUUCUAAAAGUCACCUCUGUCCAUGAGAGAAAUCUAGUGGGAAGGCAGUAACCCUUGUCUUCUUUUAGUUGAAUGGAUUAAAAAAAUGGAGAAGUGUGCAAGUGAAAAGCCAGAUGGAAGGAACCAUGGAAAGGAAGGGGUGGGGCUUGGACCUAGCUCAGAAACACAGUUUCAGUCUUCUUCACUCAUCAGUAAUUAUGCUGUUAUUUGAGGAUUAAGUGGGGUACAUGCUUGUAUGUCUAAAGCUAUGUGAGUGUUAGCUGUUGACAGUGUUGUUUUGGAAAAAUCACUCUAGGAGAUGCUCAAUAGUAUGUGGAAAUUAAUUUCACAUUUGGCCUUGAAGAUUCCCAGGACAUUUACAGUCUCACCCAGACUCUCUCUCUCUCUCUCUCUCUCUCUCUCUCUCUCUCUCUCUCUCUCUCUCUCUUUCUCUCUUUUUUUUGAGCGAGCUGUUUUUACAACAGGGGGGGAUUUGCCCACAUUCAGAGUUGUCAAGGUACAAAAAUCAAAAAUUGGAAAUGUGAUUUAUGUAAGUAUAGAAUGGGCAGCAUCAGAUAGUGCCCUCAGCUUAUUGCUGCUGCAGAAUGACAAGGUGGGGUUCCUAGUCACUUGAGAGAUAGUGUUGGGAUGAAUUGGUAGAUUAGGAAAAAAAUCAAGCUGAUGUCUUAUGGUGUGAAUACAGAUAUAAACUUUGAGAUUACAUUUUCUGUGGAAAUGAAUCUUUUGUGUUUCUACUACAUGAACUCCGUGUUAACAUUUAUUCUUCAAAAUCUGGGCACUUUCACUCAUAAUGUAUAAUGAGCCGAAGGUUCUUUCCCCUAGAGAAUUCAGUGUUUUCUGAGUGGAUUGGUAAAUCUUGCUCCACCUGUGACAUUAACAGGGCAUGCUGCCUUUGCAUGUCUUAAACUGAUGGUGACAUCAAGUCUUCCCAAAGGCGAUUGCCCCUAAGCUUCCUACUUUCUGCUCCCUUGCUGAGUACAGAGAACUACUGGUCUUGCCUCCAUUCUUCACUGAUGAAAUGAGCCCAGAGAUAUAACUAAGUAAGGCUACUUAUAUACAUUUUGGCUUAGAACUGGGCAGGGUCAUGGAAGAAGGUCAUACAAUUUUGGACACAGAAGAGCUUGACAUGCAAGAGAUAGACCUUGACUACUGCACUGUCACUUGACAGGUAAAAGCCAAGAGAGGGAAGAGACCAGAGAAGGGGCUUAAGGGGUAGGGAACUUGGCCAAGUAGAGGGAUAGGAAAGGACUCAAGGAAGGGCACAUGCCUGAGAAGAAAGGAGUGCUGGGCUCAGUGAGCUGCCUGGGUAGAGUGGGGAGCAAGGAAUAAAAUGCUUUGCAUUGACAGUACAAAUAUUGAGUUUUUUUAAAGCACAUGUCACCUUCUAUGAUUAGCCCAGGGGAUCUCAGGGAGUGCCUGAGGUGACAGAAAGCCAUCCUGAUCCAUCUGUCAUGGUAUCAGAUUAAGGAGCAAGGAAGGGAAAGAAGUAACAUGGAGAGGUUGGUAAGAGUCUGAGCCUUUUAUGAGUGAAUGUAUGGAUAGUAAUCACUGACCAAACAGUUCAUCAGUGCCUAGGACCUGAUGACAAGUUCCCAGCCUUCCUCUGGGAAGGCAAACAAGUAUAAAUACCUGACAACCUCCUAGAGAUAUUGGCAGUUUGGCUGAGGACACAGAAUCCUGGACACAGAAGAGCUGUGUGAGGUAGGGCCAUGUGGUACUGUGGCCAGGGGAUCACAUAUUAGACUGAGCAGAGCUUACUCUGGCCAAGAAUUUUGAGGCCAGAACAAACAAGAGAGAAACAAAAGUGAGGGAGCCAGGACGUCUGACUCAGAGUGGACACAUAGACUGUGUGUUUUUGCUGUCCAUAAAGCAGACUGAGCAGUUCUACCCUGUCCUUAUGAGGUACUUAGGCAGCAUUUAAGCCUUUGUCCUUAUCUAAAUGGCUUGGGGUCCUUAAAAGUUUGAGGCUCUGGGGGAAGGAGAGCUUUUUGUAGCAUGCUUGAAGAGGAGGGAUUUUUGGAGAAGGAACACUUUGACUGUAUUGGGUAGAUCAAAGAGCAUGAAGGGAUUGAAGGUAGGACCUAGCUCUUGGCAGCACCUGGAGGCUGGGAGCUUUACUACAGUAAAUACUUGAGGAGGUGCCCUGGUCAGGUAGUGGAGUGUGUCUGAGGCCUGGUGAGGACCUUGAUUUCCUAGUGGUAUGAUUAGGGGCCAGGGAAGACAGUUAGAGGCCUGGUCAAGCUUGACCAGCAAAACAAUGGUCUUCAACACUGUGGGAACAGAUGCCUUGGAGACCUGUUUAACUGUAGCUAUUUGGCCACUUGGUUGUAUUAUUCCCCCCAGGAGAGCCAGGCAUUUGCAUUUUAAGUCUCCUGGUGUUGCAUGUUGUCCAUAGUCAAAACAAUCUAUGGGUUGAGAAAUAGACCUUUUGCCUUCUUCUGGGAUCCCAAAUUGUGGCUUCUUAUAGCAAGUGCAGUCACUGAACGUCCCUUAGUCUCACACAGCAAUGUGGCCAAGAGACAGUGUGUACCUGAGAAACUGAAUGAGGAGCCAGGAAUAAUGGGGGAAGGGCUAUGUGGUGUGGCGGCCAGGGAUCAGAUAUGUUUUGUAAGAGUUCACCUUGGCUCAAGGCAGGAACAAACAGGAAGGGAAAUACAGGUGGAAAAGCCAGGGUAUCUGGCUCAGAGUGAACAGUGCUAUUUCAGCUCCUUUUCCUCAGUGUCUGUAAAGAAAACCAGGUAAUGCUGGCCUGCUUGUGAGCAGCACAGGGGUACUUACCCCUUAAACUAGAUGUCCUUAUUUGAGUGAUUCAGCAACUUCAUAAGUGAGACUGUGACAGAAAGCCUAGAGGUGGGAACAUCUGCUCUGUAAGAGUCCAGGUGCUCCCAGAGGCACUCUCUGAUCAUUCUGUGUGUGUGUGUGUGUGUGUGUGUGUGUGUGUGUGUGUGUGUGUGUGUGUGUGUGUGUGUGGUGUUUCAGCCACUCCCCUAAGCUGCCCUGUAAAGCACACAGUAGUGUGACUCUUCUUCUUCAAGGUCAAAGUCAUGGAGAUGGUCAUUGGUCACACUUGGGUUGGAACAAGAUUCUAAACUGCUUUCCCAUAGAUCCCACCACCACACUGACCCAUGCUGAGUUCAGUAAGGUAUGCAACCUUACAUAGGACAUCUCAUUCCAGGAGAAAAACAAGACAGAGAAACCCUAGGACUUCUCUGACUCACCCAGCAUCAGCACUCUUUGCUUCUGCCAAUGAGGUCUUACUAUAUUGGGAUUCUAUGAUUCUAAAGGCCUUUGAGUGCUAACCCCCAACAAGAGCCAGAAAUUGGAGAUGCCUCAGAUUUAGACAGGCAGUGGCAGUGAUAUGAAGAGUGUGUAUCUAUCAUUUGUGGAUGAAACAGGCACAUAGUUAUCUAUAGAAGAGGUCACCCAAUCAGGCUGCCAUCCGGGUCCUGUUCUGGAUGCCUCACUCGCAGCAUUUACUGUUUACAUCAUUUUUUGCCCUUCUAUUCUUUCUGAAUGUUCACAAUCCCCAUCCCAAAUGGCCCAAAGCUUCAAAGAGAAGUAUUAUUGAUGUUGUUAAGUCUAUUUUUAGCCUCCUUGUGGCUGGUGCACAUCCAAUGCUCGGAGCAUUAAGUUUUAUAUCUAUUUUAUCUACAUCAGCAACUUGUUCCCCAAAAAACCCAUUAAAAGAUAACGGAAGCAGCCUAUCUUCAGACAAUAUUCAACUGGAUCAUAUUUUGGUUGCAAAUAUGUCAUGCCCCAUCCUGCUGUAGCCAAGACAUGCAUUUAACAUUUCCACGGAGCUACAGAAAGAAACAAGGGGAACUUUGAUUGUCCAUAGAGAUAGGAGGGGGCAUAUCCUCUUGACUGUGUAGUGGUGUUUCUGCCCAUCAAGAAGUAUUUUGGGUCACAGAUCUUUUUGAUUAGAUUCUCCUUGAGUGUUUAUAUGUGUUCUUUCUCUUCUGUGUUUUUUACUAUAUCUGACUGUCUCCCAGUUAGCCUUCCAAGAAGAUAGGAGGCAGCCAAACCAUGGACUUCUGAUGUUGUUUGAUUCCUUUGUCAGGCAGAAUAAGGGACUCUGAGGUACAUGGAAUGUGGUGAGCCAUUAGAGACAGUUUGUCAAAUCUGUCCACCAUAAUUGCUCCACGAGACUUUGCAGUAAGGGGACCCCUAUUCUUGAAGGAUGCUAAUGAAUAGCAUUGAGACGUAACAAACCUGGGGAAUUAAUCAGAUUGGUUUAAUUAAUGAACAUGGGAACAGAGCCACAGGUGCCUAGACUCUAUCUAUCCCUCAUCUGUAACUAAACAGAGGUUCAUAGCUUGAACACAUAGAAAAAAAAAGGCAACAAAACAAAACAAUAACAACAAAAAAACCCCACCCAGGCUCAGUGAGUAAAAUACUUGUCACACAAAUACAAGGAUCUGAGUUCUAAUCCCAAGAACGCAUGUGAAGCUGGUGGUAGCAACACACUCACUCCUAUUCCAUGCUCCUCUGAUAGGAUGGGAAGCAGAGACAAGGGACUCUCCAGAGGCUCACAGGUUCAGUAGGCUGGUAGUGAUGGACAGCAAAUUGAUCCAGCCUUAAACAAGAUUUAACCAAUGCCUGAGGUUCUCCUCUGACCUUUAUAUUCACGCACACAAACACACAUACAUUCACAUACACCAGACACAUACAUAUACACAUGCAUCAUAUACACCCAUAUGUGAACACAUUUCUUAAAAAAAUAUGCCCCAAUAUAUAAUUUACCUUAUGAGCUUGGUCUGAGAAGGUCUUGACUUAUAGGUCUGUGUCUUGCAUGUGCAUUUCUGUAUUUUAUAAAUCUAUCCACGCGAUUAUCCAGUCUAGAGAAGUGCUUCCCAAGCUGUUAAGAUACUAAUUGUAAAGAUCAAAUAAAUGGCAAGACAUGUUAUACUUGUGCACUUGAAGACUCAUCAUGCUAAAUAUGCCAAUUCUCUCAAAUGUCUCUAUAGAAUUAAUAUAAUCCCCAUCAAAAUAUGAAUAAGACUUUAUUUAUUGUAUGUGUAUGAGUGUUUGAUCAGAUGCAUAUAUGUGUAUCAUGAGGUACAUGCCUGGUACCUGAAGAAAUCAGAGGAGAGCAUCAGAUCCUCUGGAAUUGGAAUUUCAGGAUGAUAUGAUCUGUCAUGUGGGUGCUAGAACUACUAUUAAUUACUAGUAAUUCUAGCAGGAAUUACUAUUAAUAACCAAACCAUCUCCCCAGCUCCCUCAGUAGAACUUUUGAAGAUAUAAACAAGCCAGAACUUGAAACAUAUUUUGAAAAACAAAGUAACUAAAAUCAAUAAAAUAUUCUUGAAAAAGAAUAUGUUUGAAGGAAUCAAACGACCUGAUUUUAAGACUCAUUAUAAAGCUACAGUAAUUAAGAUAGUGUGAGACUGGCUGGAGUAGACAUAUAGCUCAUUGGAACACAGUAGAGAAUUCAGAUACCAAUCCCAUAGUAAAUACAACCAUUUACUGUUUAGAGUAUAAUGCUGAUUAAGUAGAAAGUAUUUACACAGGUAGUCUUGAAAGAGUUGGGCAUCCAAUAAGGAACAAAAAUGAGCCUCAGCCUAAACCUCACAUCUUAUAUAAAAUUUUAUUUAACCCAAAUGAUAGCUAUAGAUGUAAAAAACAAAAACCUUCUAAGAAAACCUUUCAUGCCAAAAUGAUGGUGCAUGAAAGACAGAUGGUACAUGAAAGAUGGGUCAACAGAACUUCAUCAAAACUGAAACUCACUAUCCUGUGAUGGUGACUCUUAAGAGUAAAGAGACAAGAUAUAUGAGAGACAGUCAUAUUCAUAUCACAAAAGACUGUAUGCAGGACAGCCUUUUGCCUCCAAAUUUCCCUUCCCUUAGUCCAUACCCCACAGUGGUGCGUGUACCCUCUUUUGCUUGAAGUCUGGAGUACCUCUUCCCAUCCAUUUGCACAGGGAAGUAAGUCACUUCUUAGUCAUAGGCCAACAUGAAAGGUACUCUCCCAGUGAAGCUGUUCUUGUUUCUGCCUGAAAACUAUUUAAAACUGCUCCAUUGCCCAGUCUGAGAAGUAGUGCUCUCUCAAAUUCUAGGAGUGCCAUAGAUUCUGUUGUUGCUGAUAGUUCUUUCUCUGGCAAGCUAUCGGUUUGUCUAUCAGCUGUUAUAGAGCAAGUGGUUCACAAAAUGUGGGAACUUACUCAAAAGUCAAAGGUUUUGGACCUCACCCAAAGUACCCUCAAGAACACUGAAUUGGGACCUCAAAGCUGUGUUCAUUUUACUUUAUUUCCAGAUAGUGUCUCAUGCUCUAUAGCUCAAGCUAUAAACUCACCUCAUAGUCAAAGGCUGGCCUUGAACUCAUAGUGAUCCUCCUGCCUCAGCCUCCUGAGUGCUGGGAUUACUGGCAUGAGCUUCCACAUGGCAGAAAUGUGUUUUCACACUCAUCCUCAUCCCACAUGUUUCCUAUAGACAUCAGAAAGAUAAGAAACAGUAAUAUAGGGAAAAGAGAAUUUGGGAGAAGGUGAGAUCUUUCUAGCACUGUUUCUGGAAUCCAGAAAAGGGCCCAUCAAGGGCACACUCUGUGCCUCUUGAUUUCAUUAUUAAAGACACAUUGCAAGUUAAGGUUAGAGAGUUUGGUAGUCCAAGCAGAAAGGGGGAGUUGAUUUUUAAAAAUUGGGCUCACAAGGAUUCCCAUGGGAAGUGAGGUGAAUGGCCUGAAGCAUCUGUCAUAGAGCAAAAACAGGGAGGGGAACAAGGACUCAGGACUCAUCUGGAAAGCUAGCUACAAGUUCAUGCACCAGGUUGAAUGUAUAACAAAGCGAAUAGAGAUAGAUAUAGUGGAGAUCAAAGAAGAAAAGUUAGCUAAUGUGUCCGUGUAAUAUGGGCACACACAUAUAGUGAAGAGAUAGUGAUAUUUGUUUGGCUAUUGGAUAAUCUACAGUAAGCCAAUUACCUCUUUCCUGAACUGAAGGAGACUUUUUAGCUUCAAAACAUCUGAGCUUCAGUUCUGAUGAAGUGGUCACCUACCUUGUAGUAAUUAAACAAGUCAAUAAAAUCAUCUGGGGGGGGGGGUGUUCCUGGAAGGUUUUCUUGUGUGUUACAAGUUAGAGAGAUUGCCUACCUUAAAAUUGUUUGGGACAGUGACAAGUGCCCAGAUCCCUCGGGUUGAGAGCUGAACUCUGAGGUUGAGUCCUCUCUACCAUUUGGUCCAGUUAUCUCUGCCUUUAACUUCUUUGGGUCAACUUAGUUAUUCCCUCUAUCUACGUGGUUCUUGCCCCUCACUUUUCUUGGCAGUCACUCUCUGACAGUGCUCUUUUAGCUGCAGAAAACCUCAGUCAAUCCUUCCUUAACAUGCCACAGAAAAUAAAAGCCCCUUCUUUUCUUUUCUUCCCCAAGCAGACUGGAUUUAUGGUGACUCCAUUGGAACAAAAGUCAGCUCUGAAAGCAGGUUCAGGUUCUAGUCCAGCUCCUGUUGACUAUACAACCCAAGUGAUUUCAGCAACUGCUACCAAGUAAAAACUAUUUAAGCAGAGGCAGGUAAACAGGCAACUUCAGCCUGCUAGUCUACCCAACCCACUUUGCUGGUGUACAGGGAUAAUGCCACGCUGGAGACCAACAGUGAAGUCUCAUUCCUCAAUUCUGGCUGGGUUUAGGUUAUACUCAGUUGCAAUGAGUCUGAGCUUCUAAUUCUGGUUUUGCUACUCACUGAUUGUAUGACUUAGGCAGGUUACAUGGUUUCCUGGAAUCAGGAUUCACUUAUCAAAAACAGUCAUGUUGACAACUAGGAGAUAGCUUAGGUGGUAAUACAAAUAGGAGGAACAUACAAUAAAUCACCAGACACUUGCAAUCCCAGCCCUUGGAAAGCAGAGAUAAGUGGAACCUUGGAGUUUUGUGGUUAGCUAUUCUAAAGGGAUUAGUGAGUCCCAAGCCAAUGUAGACUCUGUCUCAAAAAACAAGGUGGGUGGAUAGUAACUAAAGUCUGCCUUAUGGCUUCUACAUUUACAUGCGUACAAGGGUACAUGCAUUCCCACAAAUAUGUGCACAUACAUUGUAGUGGUUUGAUAAGACUGACUCCUACAGGCUUAUAUGUUUGAAUACUUGGUUCCCACUUGAUAGAACUGUUUGUGAAAGAGUGGGAGGUAUGGACUUGUUAAGAGGAUGUGUGUCACUGGAGUGGACUUUGAGGUUUCAAAAGCCUACUCCAUUCCCAGUUAUUUCUCUGCUUCCUGCUAUGGAUCAAGAUAUAAGCUCUCGGCUACUGCUCCAGCACAUACCUGCUUGCUUACUGCCAUGCUUCCCACAAUGUCUGUCAUGGAACUCACCUCCUGAAACUAUAAAGUACCGAAUAAACCUUUCUGUAAGUUACUUGAUCAUGGUGUCUCAUUACAGAAAUUAAAAAGUAACUAAGACACUUAGACUUGCACACAAAAUGGUCAUGUUACUAAGAACUGACUUUAGGAUCAUGCUCACCAGGCAGCAGCUUCUUAAUCCAUGGUUUGGGGAAACCUUCGAAAUUGGCCUUUGAAUUCUAAGCGACUGAAUUGGGGAAUUAAAUUAUUCCUCUUAUUUUUUUUCUAGACAAGAUAGUUGAGGAUCUGUGGAACUCAAUGCGUUGUUAUAAACUGGUGGAUGGAAUCUUGUCCCUGACCUCACAAAACCAAAAUGCAUGAGGAUAGGAGACUUUUUAAAUGAAUGGGAAAGAAGGAGAGAAAGGAUGGGGGUAACGUGCCUUGGGUGUGGUCAGGGAAGUCUCUCUUAGGACACAACUUUGAGCUGAGAUCAAUGGGAAGUACAGAAAGAGGGAAAGGGCGAUUUUAGCUCUAAUGUGAGAAGAGCAACACAGGCUUCAGUGAGAAAAACUAAGACAAGGAAGGCUGAAUCAAGAGACAUAGCCAGUAGUCUGGUGGGCUAGAGGAAGCAAUUUGCAGUUUUGAAUGGGCAGCAUAGAAAAUUGUGAACGGUUUUAAGGAAGGAUGUAAUAGAGCAAUUUUGCUUAUUAAGACCAGAUGGAGUCGACUUGAAGAAAGGUUACUUAGAAUACAAAUGCCAUUUUUAUGGGGAAGGCUUAUACACUCUCCCAAGGGCCAGCACAUGACAACAGGGGCUGUUAGUGUCUUUGGCUUUUCUUGGCUUCAGGCUCUGUGGUAGAGCUGGAAUAGAUCAUUGAUGUUAAAAGUCUCUGGGGCUUGGGGACUCUGCUCUUCUGAAGCUCUGUAGACUUUCUUAUGCCUUUGUGACUGAGAAUUCCAGGGAGCAGAUAUUUCAAAAAUGGCAGCUAUGUCAGAAUUCCAGAUUGAUGAUUUCAUUUCACAAUUGUUUGGAAGAUUAAGGAACCGGAAAGCAGGUUAAUGGAGAGGUGAGCUUACCCUGUCAUUUGCAGAAAAAGACUUUUUAAGAAAAUAGGCAAUUUUCAUCUUUCACCGAAAGUAAGUUUUUGAGUUGUUUAUCUCAAGACCUGAGUACUCUUGGGAACUUGUCCCCAUUGAGAGAUUGUGUAAGUUUGAUGAGCACUCUAUCUCUCCUGCACUGGCAGGUAGAUUGUGAGCAAUUAAAAGGGCCACAUAUGCCUCUUCCUGCUUCAGCUUGCUGAAUGCAAUGGUUUGGCCUGGAGGCUGUUUCUCUUCAUACUGCCCCUUUAGUAGGUAAGCUGGUGGUUUCUGGAGGGCACAAGGUCCAACUUACUCUUGCAUAACUAUUGGACAGGGUCCUUGGGUGAGGUUGCACAGAAAAAAUGGAUCUAAGCAUAUAGAUAGUGGACAAGAUAUCCUCCAAGCCUUGUUCCAUGGGCUACAUGGCUAGAUCAGAGACAGCUCUGUAGAACUUGCUGAAUUUAUCGAUUAAGAGCCUGCUGUUUUCUAGAUACUGUUCAUUACACUAUCAUCCUGUGUGUCUCUCUCCCAACAGUGUUCAGUUACAGAGAUAGGGUAACUGAGGCUCACAGUGGUGACACCUGGUGCCCAAAGGAAUGAACAUGCAGGCAGAAAUAAACCCAAGAUUUGGUUGCAAGUAUUCCCAGCCCACUUUCCCUUGUUUUAAAGUCCAUCCCUGCUUCCUUAGUGUGUGUGUGUGUGUGUGUGUGUGUGUGUGUGUGUGUGUGUGUGUGUGUGCAUGUGGGGCAGUGUUAUCUAUUUGUUCUUCCUCAGUUUAUGUCCUUGAUGUUGAGGGUGCUGUAUGAAGGUCACAGUUGGCUUCUGGCCCGUGAGGGGGGAGCCAUCCUCUCUUUCAUGAUGCCAUGUCAGUCUGGCCUUCUCUUUCCCAGCUUCCUAGGGGCUGAGUGAAAUAAUGAACCUAAAGGAUCUUCAGGGAUUAGAGUGUGAAGCAAUGGUGGCUUAGGUGCUAAUGGGUAGCAUCUAUUGCUGACAGUACACUGAGGGAGUCCCUGGACCUGGGUCAGCUACAGAUGGGCACAACUCCAAGACAAUAGAGAAAUUGGCCAUGGUUUGCCUAGGCUGGGUCGGAAAUUAUGUCACCUGUCUAAGUGGCAUAUCUGACUCUUACUUGCAGGGUUGAGUUGGUGCACAGCUUGCCUGUGGUUGUUCAUGUAGUAUGUUACCCCUGCUUCUUACAGUCCAGCAUCAGCCCAGGCUAUACUUUUCCUUAAUAAGGGGUUAUAUGGAGAUACACAGGGAUAGUGGGGCUCCCAUUUCCACCUGGAGUAGAUACUCUUAGCAAGAGCCAAUGACCUGGUCCAUUGAUGUCCCUUCUCUUUUCAGUUGUGGUCAUGAAAAUGGGAGGCAGCAGGAAAAUUAGCCAGGAGCAUCUUUCUUACUGCUUCUGUACUUCUAGAUCCUUGGCUCUCUUGCUCCAUCUACCCUUCAUAGCAGCAAAUCCAGGAGUAGCCUUAUUACUGAAAGGCCAACAGUACUCUAGGCAAGUGGCACAAUAGCCUUCUAGCAAAGAAGGACUCAUAUAGAGGAGCACAGACUUGAUUGGGGGCUCUUCUGGUUCUAGACCAUGCUAAGGUGGACAUUCUCAUUCUGGCCUACUGAGGCAGGGGGGUUAUAGAAUUUAGAGUUGGGAAGAUGAGCUUGGCUUGAGCUGUGUCCUAUGAGGAGGAGGAGGAAGAUGAAAGUGAUACUAAUAGUAGUUAAAAUUGCCAACAGUUUCCACUUACCUGUUCUCACCAGCAGGAACUUAGAACUACCUCAUGGCAUGUAAUUUUGUCAGUUUCCCUGCCUAACAAGUGUUAGCAUCACAACAGAAAUGGCAACACAAACACUGAGAGAGGUUAAAUGUUCUGCCCAGGAUCAAAUAGCUCUAAGGAUACUGAUUUAAAGCUUGAACUCUCAUCCUGAUGGUUCCAAAGCCAGCUCUGCUCAGCAAAGCACCUUUUCCUAUAACUUGGGAGCCCAGGGUCCUUCUUUCAGAUGCUCCAAACAUCAUUCAAGUUCUGUCAUGAGGGUGAAAGACCCAGACUUCUGACUGGGCCAAGACCCUCAUCUCCCAACCCCUCCUGGUGGCCUGCAGAAAUUCUGGCUGCUGCUUUGUUCUUUUCAGAUUCUUUACUAAUUUCCAAGCUAUGAUAGAAUCAAAAUGGCUCCACUCAGUUUCUUGCUGUGUUUUCCUUUGGACAUACAAGAAACACACAUGGGGACAGAAUAACAAGAAUUGAGCUUCAUCUGAGGAAGACUAAAAAAUCUUCCGGGUUGGGUGGAAGAUGCUUGAAUUCCUAGCAGCUUCAAGUGGUCCUCCCUAUACUCCCUACCAGAGGUCAAGUCAGCAUAAGACUAAAUGUGGAUGUCUCUGCUUCUUGGAGAAUUCAUAGGCUAAAGCAAAAGUGCCUUCCUUAGCUUGGCUGUAGCCAAAGAGAUUGGGAAGCUGCACUGUUAAACUUUGCAUCAGGGCCCAAACAAGGAACAAUACUGAGCACUACUUGUGAACAGUGGCUCCAAGAGUCUCCUAGGCUCCUCCUUUCUGAAAGAUUCUCUGAUCAUCAGUACCUCUAAAAAGCUGCUACCAUUUUAGCUCAGGCUUUCUUCCCAGAUCAUUGAUCCCAUUUCAUUCUAUCUAUUGGUGUUCAUCUUUCAUUUUCUCCAAGACAACAGCAGUCGCCCCUCUGAGUCAGGGGUAGGCAGCCUCUCCCCAACCCCUUGUGUUGAGUCAGUUCCAAGAAAUAUUGCAAACAUUAGGGACAUAAUUCAGGAUACAGAGUGAGACAGUUCUCUUGUGUACUUUCAUCAGAUUAUUUCUAUCCCUGUAGUUGAUGUCUCUAAUUAUUCUUGUCAUUUCACUCUACUUUGUUGUGUCCAUUUUUUCAUGUCUUUGUGUCUUGUCCCCUUUACUUGCCUUGCAACUGUUCUGUUCAUUUAGCAGUUGUCCACCAAGCACCUACAAGAUACCUGAUAGGCAUAGACAGGAGCUCCAUGGAUAUAUAUGUGUAUGAUCUAAUCUGGACACAGGGGAUUAGAGAUGACUCCAGACUUCCUAAAUUGGCUCACUUCCAUCCCCCACCUGACAUCCCCUGUGGAAGGGGGAUUAAUUGUAGGUUAACUGAGCAGUUAUGUGGUUUGGGGAUGCGGCUCUCAUUUAUGGACAUACCUCCGGCGUCUCUUGAAUGAACAGCUCAUCCACUGAUGAAUGAGGCCACCCAGGAACAUGCACACUCAUUCCUGAAGUCACCUUUUAAUUCUAAGGUUUCAUAAUGAGGACACACUUUCUUCAGGGGAGCAGGUGUCUGGUAGACUUGGACUCCUACGCUGUUCUUCCGAUUAUUCCCAGAGAGCAGCACCUCUUCACUCUGGCUUGGCUGAGCUUGUUUCUGUCACCCCCACAGGGCUGUGUUGUUUGUUCCUGGAGCAGAGAGACAUCUGUCAUCCUCACUGAGCCUUGACAGAUGCCACAUUCAAAGAACCAGCACCAGUUUGAACACAGAAAGCAGCGUCUGUACUGUCAUUGCCAGGAUGGUUCAGAUAUAACUAUUCCCACUGCCUCCUUCCAAGCACAACCCUUCCUACCAGCACCUGCAGAAGUAACCUUCCUGUGCUGGGGGUGUUCUGAAGACUUGAGCUAAAAGGAUUCCCGGCUUUUCAAGAUACACAGGAGAGGCAAGCAGUGGUAUUACUUUGCUAUGAUGCCUUUUAGGUGGCAUGUUCCCCCACCUCUCUGGGCUGGGAGAAGGCAUGAAGGCUGAUCCUGAGCACAGUGAGGAAGAGGUGGCAGGCUGUGAACAAGUCUCCUUUUGUCUACUGUAAAAAGUGCCUCAUCUGAUCUGUGCCAUCUCCAAGAACCAGAACUUGAGUGGUGAAUAGUACCUAUAUACACAGAAUACAUAGAUGGCAUUGAGUAUUAAGGACUCCAGCUAUUAUUAUGUAAGAGAGAUGGGUUGCCUGAGAUUACUUCCAAGGUGAAACUCGAAGCAGUGAAGAUAAGAACAUAUGUCAGGGUCAGAUGAUAAAGGAGAACCAGACAUAAAUUCCUUUAAACUAGUAGGAUGCAUUAUGUUCCUUCUAUUGGCUGCCAUCUUUUUUUUGACCAUUUAUUACCAGUUCUCUAUGAAUCCCAGCUGAUAAGUCUGACAGUGUUCAUGGACUUGCUUUGGAGAAGGCUGCAUUGAGAGUAGUCCUGUUUGGCAUGCUCUGGAAGACUGUCUCCAGGAAACGAUGCUGGAGUCAGAUCUGAAAGCUAAGGAGGGAAGGGGGGUACCUGUUUUGUGUGGGAAAGGCUGUCAGGGGCUGGGGUUUCUCUGAGCUUCCUCUGAUUCUUCCGUGCCUCUGUCACUGGUAUCCCUGGGACUUCCAACCUGCCUCACCUUGUUCUGUUUUACUUUGCAGUCAUUCUUUACUUUUAGAAGCUGACAUUUGUAUUCCCUCAGUGUUCUCUCUGCAUUUCUCCUGAUCAUAUGUGUGAGUCAUCCUUCUCCGGGUCUUUUAGGCCAUGAAGGGACUGUGUACCCGGCAUCUGCAACUGAGAGCUGUCUUCAUAAGAGCGAUGGUUUCUGGAAUCUACAAAAUGUCAAUUUGAAUAAAGAAAACAAGACUUUAAGAAAUACCAGCCUUUCCUUUAAUUUAAAUUACUGUAUCUCAGGGGAAAGUUAAUUUUUAAAGUAGCUUACAUAUUCCAGAAAAGCAGAGAACCCUGCUACACAAAAAAAUGAUGAUGUUUGCUUAAGAAGCAUGUCUUUAUUCAGCUAGCAAGGAAGAAGGGGAUAGAAGAGAUGGAAAGUAAUGAAUGAAAUACUCAUGAGUAGAUUUUGACACCAAGACUAAAUUCAUCAUUCCUGUUUCUCAGGGGGUCCUAUCUAAGCAGAACCAGACAGAUACCUCUGACUCUUGGUCUUAACUCUGACACCCCCUUCUUAAGCAUACUCACAGAAGAAAUCCCCACAUCUAUAAGUGUCAGGUUCUAAACCAAGACCUGUUAACUUCAAGAAAGGCUUAUCUGAGUGAGAUUCAUACGAUAAUUUUGCCUGCAUGUGAUAGAAGGAAGUGAUAUGGUUGAAGUUUCUUAAGUUAUAAACUUGAAGGGAAGGUGAUAGAUCAAAUAGUGGAUGUAGUGAAGUUUUAAAUGUAUUCUUCCCAUGCUGACAACAGGUGAUUUCCAUCUAUGAUAUAAGCUGACAAUGGACUGAUAAUGGAAAAAGCACCCACACAUUUUAUUGUAUACCUAAGGCAUAGGAAUUCGAGACAUGAAGAUUGGCAAGAUGGCUGAAGGUGAAGGUGUGGGGUGGGAUGGGCUUUGGACUUAGAUUUCUGGAAGAAAGGGCAGGCUUUCGAAACUUACAAAUGGCUGUCAGCAAACAAGAGUUGUUUUGUGAAUGGAGAUGACUUGACUGACACCCGUAACAUCUCUCGACAUAAUCGGUUCCCUCCAGCUUUUCUUUCAUGGCUUAUCUCUGCUUUCUUCCGUGUUGGUUUAAUGCUUGCGGGCUCUUUUCUUGUGAGGUGUCAUAACAGAAUCAAUUGCACGGCAUACCUAUUUCUUCCUUGAUGGAAAAAACUUUGGUAAGAAAACAGCUUCUCUUUCAUAUUUAGCAGUUUUAGACUAGUCUUGGAAUUGACAUUCUUUGGUUCAGGUCAAUUAGCAUUCAUAUUCUAGGAUCAAUGAAGAUGGCCUCAGGAUGACAGAAGUGGUGGUCUGCCUGGGCAGGCGCUCUAAUGGUAGAGAUGGAGACAUUUCUGAGUCAGAGGGAUAAAGAACAAAGAAUAAGAUCAAGUUUUGUUUGUAGAAGGAGCAAUUGAUGCUUAUCACUAAAGAUAGCUUCUACUCUGUUAUAGUUUGGUCACAGAAAUCUGAGGGGCCAUUCCUGGGGUGACCCACACAUUUUUUUCUGCCUAUUUUCAUUCCCUAACAUACCUAUUAUUGGCAGCAUUCUUUUGCCUGCCUGCUGUUACAUGUUGAAAAGGCUUCCAGAGUCCAGUUUGACAACAUGAAUUUGAUCCUAUGGUUCAAGGCAGAGACAAAUUUUAAGCCCACAUUUAUUUCUUCCCCAACCAUAGACUUAAGGGAUUGCUUAUGUCUUUGAGGCUCAAUGGUAAUUUGGGGCUGUCAUCACUGAGCUAGUUGUUUUGGUAAGAUUUUUAAAUGUAUUGUCCUAUCAACUUAAUUUUACUUUUUAUUAAACAAAUUUCAAUGAAAUUCCUGUAACUGCCUAUUUGCCAUAUGCCUCCUAGUGUCCUAGACAGCUGAUUAAGUAAUACCUGUGAAGCCAUGUCUUAAUAAGAGUCCACUCAUGCCUAUUUUGUAGGAAAGGAAACAGAGCCAGAGUGGCAUGUGGCUGUCUGAAUUCAUGCCAAACAGAGCCUUCUGCAUCCCUGUUCCUAGGUGAGAGUUGAUGCAUGCAGAGAUGAAAAAGAUAUGUUCUCUACUCUUGAGCUAUGUGUAAUUGUAUUGUACUAAUAUUUACACAAGCAAAUACAUUUCAAUGGAAGUAAAGCCCCAAAUCUAGUCUAGGAAACCAAAAGAGACAUCUGAGCUGGUCCUUGAUAGGUGAGUAGGCGUUUCCCUUGUGGAUAGGGUGUGGGAAGAGUUUGUUCUUUAUCAGAGUAAGACAUUACUUCUGUAUGAGAUAGAGCUGUCAGGUUCAAGGAAAUGCGAGAUCACCCUUAACUUUUCUGUCCUUUCCUCAGAUGGAUGGCUCAAACCUUCACAUUUGCAUUUGCUCAGGUGCUUUCUUUCUCAAAGAAUAGAAGUCUAACAUAAUUGGCUGCAAAAAUAAAAAGGAUUUGUUAUCUCAUCUAAUUGGGAAGCCCUCGUUUGAGCAGACUUAAGGGCUGAUCACUCUGUUGGCCAGAUAGUAUCUUUCCAAAGUCUGAUUUCUUUCAUUGUCUGGUGUCUGAUGUCUUUAACAAAUACUGACUUUUUGAGGAGUGGGGCUCAGAGGUUGUGGAGUUCCUGUGCUUCUGUUCUAUAGUUUCUUUACAGUGCCCAGCAGAAAUCAAGUCCAUUAUUAUCCUAGCAAUCCUAGCACAGGAUGGAGAGACACUUGGAUUAGACUGGCUUGGGCCAUGUGACCACCACUGAACCAAACAAUGGUUCCCAUAAGAUAGAGAUCAUUGAGAGACUCAGUUGUCCUUGUGCUGCUGGAUCCUCAUGUGGAAUCUGGGGCAUUGGCAGCGUGAGGAAUGGAAUGGUGGGUCCUGAAAAGGGAUCUAGACUGAGGGGAAGGCAUCAAAGAAAUGCUCAACAAAGUCUAUGUUUACAGCCAUAAGUGCAGUCUCACCUUCCUGGGAAGUCAAGAAAGUGAGUAUUACUGGCUUGAGUUUGUGAUGCGCAGUCUGUACCUCACCUGCUGGAUUUCACUAUGGUAAGCCUUCCCUAGUCACUCUCUAUGGCCUCUUGCUUUGUCCAGGAACAUCCAUUCUUUGUUGACCCGUGAUAAAGUUUGUAACAUUGGCAUGAGGAACACACAGCAUGGUCUGAAAUGUUGUGGCAACGACUGUCCUUGGAUUUGCUCAGAGGUAACUUCAAAGAAGACAAGUGAUUUGAUAGUUAUAAAACCACUUCCAGCCCAUCUCUGCAGGAGGGCAGCUAAAUUCAUUUUUGGUCAUGGAAUGGCAAACAAAGGAAAUGUUUCCCAAAAUGCUCUCCAUUGAUAUGAGAAAAGUGUCUGAGGCUAUUUCUCAGUGUCACUGAGAAAAGUGACAAGUUAUUCAUGAAAUCAAUUAUAUUUUAUUUAUGGAUAUUGAGAUAGGUUGGCCUAAGAGAAGUUAUUGGAGGUAGCCAUCAGCCUGGCACCAUCACUUAUUAAGAAACAGUAAUGUCUCAUGGAAGAAAGAACCCAUGUUUGCUGGCUGUUCUGUUGGUAAUCUAGGCCUUGGUGCAUGCCCCACUCUACCAUGGACCAAGGCUGAGUUAGCCAUUCAUUCAACAUGUGCCUUUCCUCUUGUCCUUCCAGCUUUGCUAGGAGGGUAGAGGAUGGCAGCUACUUUGUCCUUAGUGAAUGUCCAUCAGUGAAUGGCGGAAUCAGGUAUUGUCCACAUCAUGAGAUUGUUGUGAAAACUAGAUGAGCUCAUCCUCAUUUUGCUAACUGGCAAAUACAUAUCAGUUACUUUACUGUUGUUGUGAUAGAACACCAUGAUGAAGACAAUGUAUAGAAGAAAUAGUGUGUUUUGGCUUCUGAUGCCAAAGGGUUAAAGUCCAUAAUGGUGAGGACUAUAUGACAGCAAAUGGCAGGCAUUGCAACAUGCCUAGAAAGCUGAAGGCUGACUUCUUCAACCUCAAGCAUGAAGCUGAAAGAGAACUAGAAGUAGCAUGAGGCUUUUAAUCUCAUAGGCAUAGUUCUUCCAACAAGGCCACACCUCCUAAACCUCCCUAAACAGCACCACCAACCAGAGUCCAAAUGUUUACAUACCUGAAACUGUGGAAGACAUUUCUCAUUCAGACCACCACAAUAUAUGUAUAAUGUUUAACUACAAAUGACUGUAUUUCAAUCAUAUACAUAUAAAUAUACAUAUAUAUAUAUAUAUCCCUAUUCACCAACAUAAUAUGUGGAAAACAUUAGCAUUCCUAUUUACUAAGCAUGAUAAAUAUGGAUAAACAGAUAACACCAUGGAGUGUUGCCAAGAGCUUUAGAGUCAUUGCAUAUAGAUUGUCUAGCAUAUAACAGACUCUUGAUAAAUGCCAGCCAUUAUAAUAAUUAUCAUGUUGAUUGAACUGCUUAAUAAUAAUGGGAUUCAUCUGAACAGAGCUGUGUAUGCUUCUGUAGUGCUUAGUGCCAACACUGUCCCCUCAGACCUUAUAAUUGCUUAAUGACAAGGUUCUUUCCUGUCUUGUGGAUCUCAGGGAAAGGCUGUAUACACUCUCGGUGCCUUUCUGUCCAGGGGUAAAUUGCAGAAUGAGAAUAUAUACUGUGGUAAUGUGUUCCCCAGUUCUGGGUUCCUGUUGCCUAUUCUGGAGGCUUCCUAGCUAUUUGUCACAGUCUCAUUUGAAAUGCAUGUGGUUUUCAUCCAUAAUAUCCUGAUCGUCCAAUUAAUCUCCUUUAAGCUUCAUGAAAAAUACAGAGGGCUGGAUCCCAAAUAGUCACAAAGUUGUAAUUUUGCAUUCAAGGGAGUGUUUGCUGAAAACGUGAAGAGACUGAUGUUCCCCGUCUGGCAAUUGGCUUUCCAAUGAUGUCAGAGGGCUGUUGCAUUCUGAAUUAACAACCUGUUGGCAGGGCUGCAGCUCUAUUUUGCCUCUAAUAUGUCUCUAUCUCUGGCUGAUUCUUUAUAUCCAAGUUCUUUCUCUUUUUCCCAGUGGAUGCUCUCUAGAGGAGCAGUUGGGAAAUAGCUUUUGCUAGAGCAGCAAGAAGCUUGGUACAUCCAUUUACCCAUAUUCAUGGCUACAUUCAGUGCUCAUCCAGAAAGAUCAUGGUUUGUUUGAUCAAGGUGCACACAUCAUACUCUAAGUUUCUGAGCUUUAGGCUUAAUUCACUGUUUAAUAUAGUGACAAUAGCUACAUGUUAUUUGUAUUUUAAUGAAAUGACAUGUUGAGGGUAAGGGUCAUAUCUCAGCCUGUAAAGUGAUUGGCAUGUAAGCAUGAAGACCUGACUUUGAUCCCCAGAACUGGUGUCUAAAAAACGAGAAAAACCAUUGCUCCUGUGUUGUGUGUUUAUAGUUCAGAUCUUGGGAGGUGGAGGAAAGUAGAUCCUCAGGACUCACUGGCCAGCCAGCCCAGCUUAAUGAGGUGAGCUCCAGAACUAUGAGAGACCUUAUAUCAAACACAAACAACAACAAAGCAAGCAAGCAAGCAAGCAAAUAAAUUAAAAUCCAAGGUGGAAAUUUCUUGAGGAAUGUUACUAAAGAUACAUGUGUACAUGCUCCUGUAGCACAUGUACCAUCAUACGCAUGAUGAAGACACACACACACACACACACACACACACACACACACACACACAGGAAUUAUAAGUUCUAUUCCUCAUUUGCAGUACUUAUUUUUCAAGUGUUCAAUAGCCAAGUGUGAUUGCCUUUGGGGGAAACAUUUCUAUUAAAGGAGAAAGUUGCCCUAACCAGGAAUCAAUUGGAAAAACAAAGGAAUGUUGAGCAUCCAUAGUCUAUGACUCACAGUAUCACAGACCACCAAAGGCCCAGGUACCUUUGUUAACUUUUUGUCUGUGUUUCCCCUCCCAUCACCAAUCCACCCUUAGACCAGGAGCAAUAGCUUCUUUUUUGAUCUAGCAUCAGCACUCAAUGAAAAGAGGAAAAAGUCAUCCUAGAGAAUGUCAAUGAGUAGCUUUCUUUCUAAUGUGCACACCACCCUUUGACAGUGUAAUACAUAUGUUUUCCCUCAUUGGUGAUUGUCUUGGGUGAAGUGAGAAAGUCUGGAUGGAAGACUUUUGUAUAAGAACCUAGAAGUAUUCAGGCACAGUGCCUGAGAAGUCACCACUGGUCAAACACAUUUAAGUAAUUAUAUCCAACCUGAAUUUAACAUUUUCUGCCUGUGGACCACUCUGGUGGACAAAUCCAUUACACAGAACUUGGUCUAGUCAUUCAGCUCCAAAGACCACAGAGCAGACAUUAUUGCAGGAAUAGACUUGUUUUUGAUAGCCUGGGGCUAUUGUUUGCUAUUUUUUUCAUUGUUAAAUGUCAAUAGAUUACUCAAUGAUAAGAGAUCCAAAGAGAUGAACAUGGCUGCAUGAAUAUUGCAAGAGGCCUGUGAAUCUCUCGGGGACCCUCCAGACCUAUUUUUGAGAGUGACUCAUUAAGUCUGUUUGCAGAGUUGAGUUCACAUCCUCAGACAAGGCUUCUUAAUUUUCUUAGUCUGGGAAGGGAAGAAAAGCAGGGAUGGUACUGGCUGGUUGGAUAGAUUGAUGAAAAGAGGAAUGCACCCCACCUGCCUAGAGAGAUCUGAGAUCAGAGAGACUGAGCCUGGGUCAUGCAAGAGAUGAUAUGUCUGCAUGACAGUAUCAGAACUUCUAACAGUAGCAGGGGAUCAUGAUGUUCUGCAUUAUCUGUGGCUGGCUUACCAGCAGGCUGGAGUCUUGCAGAGAAUGUCUAGAUUCUUCCAGGACUAGAGUCUCAGAACAAGAAGAUAAUUUCCCCCAAACAUAUGGUCACUGACUGCAUGAGGCAGGCUGAGAAUCACAACUUGUGAUAGGGUCAUGUUGUUUUGUGUCCUUUGGCUUUUCCCCAUCUCUAUGUGAACUGAUCUCAUGAAAAUGGGAUUUCUUUUCCCCUAGCAUUGUCACUGAGGAAACUCUUGAGAAUUUACAAUACUCUCAGUGUAUCUCAAGAAUAAAUGUAACCAUGACUUACAUUUUUUUUUGCGGCUACUUGGAUAAAGUCUUCCAGAAGCCUCUUCUUGGGGGUUUCUGAAGUUAUUUCUCAGUCAUUCUGAAUCUUGGUUCAUAUGACUUGAUAUAUGUAGCAGGCACAGCAAAGAAGCUGUGGCUGAAGGGAGGAAAGGGCGAAGUCCAGCCUCCUGGACUAAUGUCCCACCCCCACAAGCCACCCCCAGCA